CCCUCCCCCUUCGUCUCCUCUCGGCCUCCCUCCUGCACUCUGCCCGGCCCGGGCACCGGAGCUGGAUCCCCGGACCACCGCAGGCUGUUCCGGUCGGUGUGUGACUGUUUUCGGAGCUGUGGAGAAACAAACAGCUGAAGGUAUUCACUUAGAGCAGUUUCUCACUCCUGUGUUUUUCACGUGCCUUCCUCCAGUUAAUCCCUUCAUCUUUAUCUGCAUCACCAGCCGGCAACAGGUUACACCGCCCGGCUCUAAACUCGGUUCACACAAGCAACUUUCACCCGCUCUGAGAGGAAAGAGAAGCUUCCUUUGAAGGCCUCAAAUGAAGUUAACUUUUUCUUUAGCGCUUUUUAUGUUCUGUAUCUUAUUUUAAUUUUAGGGUGAACUGAGUUCUACACACAGCGCGGCCCUGCUGGGCGGAGCAGAGUGCGGGAAGCAGCAGGAGCAGGUGGGCGGUGUCUGUCUGUGAAGUGAAUCACCUGAAACAAGAGGUGAAUGCAGCUGCCUUCACACAUGUAUUACAACCCAUGGUGACAUGACAUUUAAAGCUGUUUAUUCAAAACUGAAUGACCUGCAAUAUAAGCAUUUAUCUGGUUUGAAUUUGAAUCUUGAGAUGUCAGAUUAAAGCUAUCAUAUGUUAUUAUUAUAAAUGUAUUAAUUCAGUCGUUGUGGUCAGUUCAGAUUGAGCCAAAGUUGACUAACGAAUUUUUUAAAAUGACUUUUGACAAAUAUAUCACUCACCAAUGAAGGCAUCCUUUUUGUAUUAUGUGAUUAGAUACAUAUCUUAAUCCAGAUGAAAAUUAUAAUCAAUCUGGACCAAUCUUUUAGACUUUUAGAAAAGAUUAACAAAAAGCAUCAAUGUAAACAGCUGAUUUUCUUAUCUAAAAAGCAGACUACUCAGGAAUUAUAUUUUAACAUGUCAGUGAAUAUUACAUUAAUUUACACAAGUCUUUAUGAAUAAAUAAGACCACUCACAGUUAGUCAGUGUUUGUAUUGGAGACCAGUGGCUUAGCAGAAAACCGCAACAUCUGCAGUUUAUAGGAACUGGGAGUGUUGGAUUCAUUUUUUUAAGGUUAUAACUUGUUCCUAGAUAGUUAAUUGGUUUUACUGAAAAGAUAAGGGAUAAUUCAAAGAGAAGGAGAAGAAUGAAGUAUCCAAUUGGUUAAGUUGGACAACACAUGUGGACUGAAGAUAAGAUUUACCCCAAAACGGUCCCAUUUUGCCUGAAACGCUGAUAAAUUAUUAACCACAUUAAUAUGGUAUCAGCACAGUAUUAUUUUUUCCCCACAUUAUAAAAGGGUUCUUUCAUGGCCCAUACACACAGAGAUCAGGAGUUUUAUUCGUCCCAGCUGCUUUUGCUCAAAACUGGCAUACAUCACUUCCCAGGGUUUUGAUCUAUCAAAACAAAGUUGACAAGAAAAUAUAAGCAGUGGUCAGCGUAAGCUAUCUCUGACACCAGUGCAACAGGAAUUAGUUUACACAGCUGGCAAAUGGAGCACAAAUACUGUAGUUAUUUAUUCCCCCUGUUUGAUGAUUUUUAAUAUUAAACAUUACAAACACACAGGCAGUUUAGUUUUAUUGGAUGUAGUAAUCCAAAGUAACAGCAAAAGCAUAAACAAAUCACAGAACAAAGCUGAAACUGUUUUUACUGAAAAUUGUUUAGUUUUUACACUUAUAGGUUGUAAGUUUCACUGUAGUUCUUGAGGGUAAAACUACUGCACAUGACUGUGCUGUAAGGUGCAUGAAUGGUUCCCCUUCUGCUUUUACCAGAUCCCCCCAGCGAACAUAUGUUUAUUGCCUACACAAAUCUUUUCUGCAGAUGAGCAAAGUCUAUAAAUACAACAGUGAUAGCUCUCACAUAGUCAUAACACAUCAAACCAUCAUGAAUCAUAGUUUAGGCCAAGAUUUAAAACCAACAUCAGUUAAACCUUCUAUGUUUACAUGAAUUCACAGAGCAGAGACCACUUGAGACUGGAUUAUAUUAGAUUAUAUUAGAUUGGAUCAGAUUAGAUAGUCUUUAUUGAUCAUUUUGGGAAGGUUACCAAUUAAAAAUUAAGUUCCAGCAGCUUCAGCAUCAGAAAAAAAAAACCCAAACAAUUGUAAUAGUAAGAAAUAAAAAUGCAAUAUAUAUGAAGAAUAAAGAUAGAAUAAAACUUGGGAUAAAUUAAGUAUAUACAUAUAAAAAGUAAGAUAUAAAGCCAUGGACAUUUGCACAUUAUUAUUACCAGAACAACUACUACUAUUACUACCACUGCUCCUUCUCAUCCUCUGUCCUCCUGUUACCCUUCGUCCUCCCUCAUGUAAACCUUGUGUUUGUGUUUAUGUUUUUGCGUAUGUUGACGGACGCAAUGGCAAAGCUGAAGGACUUCAACGGGAACAUGUUGCAGACACAUACACUCACCGGCCACUUUAUUAGGUAUACCUGUCCAACUGCUCGUUAACACUUAAUUUCUAAUCAGCCAAUCACAUGGCGGCAACUUAGUGCAUUUAGGCAUGUAGACAUGGUCAAGACAGUCUCCUGCAGUUCAAACCGAGCAUCAGUAUGGGGAAGAAAGGUGAUUUGAGUGACUUUGAACGUGGCAUGGUUGUUGGUGCCAGAAGGGCUGGUCUGAGUAUUUCAGAAACUGCUGAUCUACUGGGAUUUUCACGCACAACCAUCUCUAGGGUUUACAGAGAAUGGUCCGAAAAAGAAAAAAUAUCCACUGAGCGGCAGUUCUGUGGGCGGAAAUGCCUUGUUGAUGCCAGAGGUCAGAGGAGAAUGGCCAGACUGGUUGGAGCUGAUAGAAAGGCAACAGUGACUCAAAUAACCACCCGUUAUAACCAAGGUAGGCAGAAGAGCAUCUCUGAACGCACAGUACGUCGAACUUUGAGGCAGAUGGGCUACAGCAGCAGAAGACUACGCCGGGUGCCACUCCUUUCAGCUAAGAACAGGAAACUGAGGCUACAAUUUGCACAAGCUCAUCGAAAUUGGACAAUAGAAGAUUGGAAAAACGUUGCCUGGUCUGAUGAGUCUCGAUUUCUGCUGUGACAUUCGGAUGGUAGGGUCAGAAUUUGGCGUCAACACCAUGAAAGCAUGGAUCCAUCCUGCCUUGUAUCAACGGUUCAGGCUGGUGGUGGUGGUGUCAUGGUGUGGGGAAUAUUUUCUUGGCACUCUUUGGGCCCCUUGGUACCAAUUGAGCAUCGUUGCAACGCCACAGCCUACCUGAGUAUUGUUGCUGACCAUGUCCAUCCCUUUAUGACCACAAUGUACCCAACUUCUGAUGGCUACUUUCAGCAGGAUAAUGCGGCAUGUCAUAAAGCUGGAAUCAUCUCAGACUGGUUUCUUGAACAUGACAAUGAGUUCACUGUACUCAAAUGGCCUCCACAGUCACCAGAUCUCAAUCCAAUAGAGCAUCUUUGGGAUGUGGUGGAACGGGAGAUUUGCAUCAUGGAUGUGCAGCCGACAAAUCUGCGGCAACUGUGUGAUGCCAUCAUGUCAAUAUGGACCAAGCUCUCUGAGGAAUGCUUCCAGCACCUUGUUGAAUCUAUGCCACGAAGAAUUGAGGCAGUUCUGAAGGCAAAAGGGGGUCCAACCCGUUACUAGCAUGGUGUACCUAAUAAAGUGGCCGGUGAGUGUAUUUUCAUUGCUGUGAUGCCCUUGCUGUGGCCGGAAACAUAUACCUUCGUAUCUUCACUUUCAAAAGCAUUCUGAUAUCUGUUGGAAAGGUCUCAACCGCAGUUGUUGUUAUUAGUGGCUGAGUCACUUGUGCACAGUUGGACGAAUUGGCUGUUUUAACAAGGAGAACAUUUCCUGUAGUGUUCAUACGUAGUUUAAGCAUCUUUAAGAUUCAAGACACUGUUGUGUAAAUGAGACUCAGGAGUGCAGUGUUUCUGUUCUGGAGCGACACCAGGUUUCCUCUGCAGAUUUAAAGAAAUAGAUGCAAUGUAGGGACAGAAAAUGUGUAAGUGGGUUGCUAUAAUGGAUUGAAACCCUGACUGAGGCUGAGGGGUCUGAAGGGUAGCAACACAACAGCGUGUUGCUAUGGAAUAUUGACCAAUCAGAUGCAGGUAUAUAAAAAGAAGCCAUCUGAAAAAUUAGAGAGCUGUACACUUUAGUACUUCAGACAUGUUCUUAGUGCCUUUGCAGGAUUCCACUCAUCUUUGAGUGUGUAUGAGUGUGUGUGUGUGUGUGUGUGUGUGUGUGUGUGUGUGUGUGUGUGUGUGUGUGUGUGUGUGUGUGUGUGUGUGUGUGUGUGUGUGUGUGUGUGUAUGACACAGCCAUUUCCCCAGCUUGGAGUUAAGUAAAGUGACCUUUGAUUUAACAAGGCAGCUUUAUUAAGAAGCUGUUUAAAAUGACAAACUAUUCACAAGUGUCCUGAGGUCAGUUAGGUUGUUAAUGCUGAGGAAGAGAUCCACUAUCACACUACUCUCCCCUUUCAUCAAAUGGUCACACACAGACACACACAGACACACGCACACACACACACACACACACACACACUCGAGUUAACACCCUUCUCAUGUAGCCGUUGGAUGUGAAUGCUUUCUGAUUGACUCAGUUCAUUUUCUUAACUUGAACAGAAAACAGCACCAAGAGUUUGAACCUGCAGUCUCGUCGUUCAAACCUGGAGGGUUUACUCUUCAGAGGAGAUUGUGGAAUAAUAGAAAUGGAACAGACAAGUGUUGUUAGGGUCUGUCGGGAUUGUGAUCAGGAGACCAAAUCUCAAAAAUUAGUUUUUCUGGAUUUUGGUAUGAUAGUUUCCCACUUUAUACAACUUUCCUAUGAUGUACAACUUUUCUCUUACUCCUUUUCUGUCGCUUGGAAGCCCCUGAGUCUCCCUGUGCAAGGGACCGUGUCCACUGACAGCAUAUAUUGCAGCUUGUAUGACCUCAGUUUGUUUGGCACCUGCUGUUGUAAGUUUACAACGGUUGUCUUAUGGCACGACUUCCAGUUCCCUAGUGACUAUUUUUUUCUGUUUUCAGUUUUUGGUCAUUUUCAUUUAAUUUAAUUUUCACAUUAUGAGAGGAUAGGACCAUGCUGAGGUAUAACCUCUGUGUAUUGGACACAUACUCAGACUGCGUGGCCAGUGGCGUGCAAUGUAGUUGAUUUACACAGUGUAGUAGCAUUAGCAGCAGUUCUAGACCUGAUGUUGUACCUUAAAAACAACAAAAAGUAUGGUUGGUUUCUUCUCCUGGAUGGUCUCCUACUGUUGAUAGGGAAAAUAGGUACUUAUGCAGUUAUUGGAUACAGGCCCUACAUGUGUCUUAAGAAUACCCAACACUUCAUUUUAGAGCAGUGUAAGAAAGACCGGAGUUAAGUUGUAGUUGGAAACCAAGUCAGGGUUAGAGUCAGGGUUUGGUUUGUAGUCAAUAUUUUUAAACCAGCUAAAAAGUCUUAAAUGUAGAUCGACAAACCCAUCAGUCCUUCGCUGAUUUUAGUGCUAAUCAGAGCGUCAGCUUUUAGUAAGGCCAACUCACUUAUUUUACAUUUUCACAUUGGCAGUCAGCCUGUAAUAUUGUCAAGGAGAUACCACUGCUGAACCAUCAGAGGUUGUAAGAGAGGCACAACAGAGGUAAAAAAAACAUGAAAAACAUCCCAGUAAAUGUCAGAGCCAGCAUGAUGGGACAGGGCAGUGGGUCUGCUCAUACAAAGGCCUGUGCUGAUUGUUCACACAUCAUGCCUCUGAAAUGCCAUAGCUUUGUGUGAUGCACCAAUAUGAUGCUAGUGUAGAGUUCAUUGUAAAGGUAACAUAGUAUAUGGACUGACUAAGGGCUCUAUUUUCGUGCCUCGCCAGCAGUGUGAUGCAUGUGCGGCGUAAGUCAGGUUCAGUUGUGUUAAUUCAGUCAGGUUGACAACUGUGCCAAACGCACUCAUCAGAUAAGAUAUACAUCAGAAUAAAUAAGAAUAGAUCUAAAUGUAUGUGCUGACUCAGAUAUUUGCACUCGGUAUAGAUUGUUGUUGAUUAUUUAUUGUACAGCCACUGUGGAAACCCGCUUGUGAGUCAUUGGUGACGUGCGAACUGCUGCGCCAGUCUACCAAAAUACCAUUUAUAAAUAGAGAAUAAAAUACAGCCCUAAGACUGAUCAUACACAAAGCUUUACCACACCUAAAGACUAAAGAUGUAAAGGCAGCUUCGACUAGUUUUUAAUAUAAUAAUCCUUUAAAACACACAAACACACAUUAGAGGGUUUCGCAUGACUGAUAACAUUUGUGGUAGCAGUGGCAGGUCCAUAGACUCAAGAUCUCAGGGACUCAUGAUCAAACGUGACUUUCACAGACACAGAAGCAUUAAGGAUAAUAAUUGUGUGUGUUAAAGUUCUCACAUGAACGUGUGAGAAAGGAAAAAAAUGAUUCAACUUUGUGCUUCUGUAACAAGACUUCAUUUUUUUGAGGACCUAUGAGGGAAUUAUUUUUUUAAUGUACGCAAGUUUAAAUAUUUACAAAAUAUGUAAAGACAGAACUUCAGUCGAGUUCUCCUCAGACAGUGUCCUCACAAUGUCUGCAUCAGAUUCGUCUCUGUGACAAAGUGUCUAAACUUAGCUGAUGAGGUAACAGGCCGGGCAGAUCAGACUGCUCUGAGAUCAGCCUGUCAGUGUGUGGCAGAGGAGCUGGAAAACUAUCAUAAAGAGGCAAACGUUUGACAGGGACAGUUGUUGUACUAAGAUCUGAGCUGGUUUAUGGAAAAAAAAUGAAAGAAAACUAUAAAUCUUUCAGUAACAGUUUAGCAGUUUUAUGUAGCACUCAGCUGUGUCUGUGCGUAGAGUGUCAAAGCGUGUUUGUGUGUUUGAGUGUAAAUUCUCACCUGUUGUUGUUCGCACCUGCCCAAAUAAAAGACCAUCAACUUGUUGAAGAUAUGUAGACGCUUUUUCUUGUAAAAACACUGUCAACGCUGGAGUAAGCUGUGAUAAAUCAGAGGUAUUUUUAUCAUGCGGUUAUCCUCAGUCUUUUAAUAUGCUACAGUCUGGGGGAUGUUUGUUUUUAUAGAUUGAUCAAUUCUGUCUCCUCCUGGUCUCAGUUUACAUAUUUAAAUGUGUGUUUAUGAAUGAAUUAGGCUCAGAAAUCUAACACUGUAUUAAUGUUCACUAGUCUGUGUCAUUUCCAGCCUUUACAGUUUGAAACCAGCGACCUUGCUGUAAUACCCAUCUGUCGCUGACCUUUCCGCUAUCAGACCCACUUAACUUGUGGCCUUUCAGUUUGUGCUUUAUCACGUUGAAGAUAAUGAGACGUUUCCUGGCGUUGCUCCUGAUUGGGUCUGAGGGAGACCCUGGGCAUAAUGGGAUGAGGGGGAGAUAGAGGGAGGGAGGGAGGGAUGGGGCUUCAGAAGAAUCUUCUGGGUCUAUAUUAGCCUCAGUGAAUCACGGCGAGCCUGGCAUACCGGGUGUCCCCUUUCACACCAUAUAAGUGCACCCCCCUCCUUUCUCUUCCCACCCUGCCUCACCCUACCUCACCCUGCCUCACCCCUCUACCCCCCACAAUGCAACAGGGCUAUCUCUGGCUAUUCUUAGGCUGUCACUUCAGCUCCUCUGAGCAGGCAAGUCCUCGUCUUCCUCCCUGCUUGGCUUUUUCUGUUCUGUCUUUUUCUGGUUUGUGAUCCGACAGAUUUUUCAUUUCAUGUCAGUUUUUUUUUCUCCAUCAUUUCACCUGUCUUACAACCUUUUCUCUGUCAUCUUUCAGAGGUUACUUGCUCCCGGCUGGCCCUCCCAUCCCUGCAGUGGCUGUGGGCUUACUCAAGAGUUGGUUCAAUCAUCAUCGCCUAUCUCAGAGGAUCUUUUAAGUGUGUGGAAGAAUGAGUGUCUACAAUGUGUCACUACCCGGACCCGGCCCCUGGGGCUUCAGGCUACAGGGGGGGAAAGACUUCAACAUGCCGCUAACCAUCUCCAGGGUAAGAAACUUGUGAAAUCUGACUGGAAAAAAGACUAUUUUAUUGAGAGAUAUUUUUUUUAAUCUCAGCUGGAUCCAAGAACAUGGAUGCUUCACUCACUGAAAAAGAGCCUACUUAUCCCAUGUUUAACCACUUUUUGGUCAAUGAAGUACAUAUUAAUUUGUUGCUUAUGUCCAUUUUAUCAAGCUGAACCAUCAUGUUUCUCAUUUUUUUUUAAAUUUUCUUUUACCCUAUCAAGUCAUUCCUGCCCAGAAAGGUUUAAAUACUCCUAAAUGGGUCUUUAUAUACCUGCAAAGAAGUAACAGAAAUAUGUGUGGGUAAAAAAAAAAGCUUGAACAAAAUCAUUUUCAAUGACUGACACAAAAAGAGAGAGGGGUGGUGUCUGAUUGUUACGUAGCUGUGUACGUAUCGUGUAAUCUUGGCGGCUUAAAGGGGAGAUUUGUGGGGGGAGCUUGGUCCUGUGUCCUCAUUUUCCUGUCAUCCCUCUUCAUCCCCUAUCCAUCUAAAAAUAUGCUUUACAAUUAUAACUUCAUUAAGACCAAGAAAGGGGAAACAAGCUAGUUUUUUCUUUGGAUCUAGAAGUGCAUUAAAAAAAACUAUGAAAAAAGAAAAUAUAAAGGUGAAAUGACUCGGGCAGGUUACUGCUCUAAAUAAGGAGAAACUAUUGAAAUGUUUUGCACUAUGUUGGCAGAUUUGUUCAUGUGUUUUAUCAAUUCGCAGUCCUACAUUAUUAUUUUUAAAUACAAGAAGAUUUUGAAUUGGCAAAGUCAGGGAUUGAUCAUGUAGAUUUUGAAUGAAACAUUCAGACAAACUGUUCGUGUUGCGAGUAUCCUCAAGCCUCUGCUGGUUGAUUUUUGAAGUUCAUUGAAAUGAAUGGAAACUGUUGACCGCCAUGAUGGAAACAUGCUGUAUAUUGUGGUCAAACCGCAGCAUAGCCCUUUAAAUCUGCUCUGAGGCCCUGAAACUUGUUUUCCAUCUUUUGCAUCCCGUGUCAUGCUGAUUGUUGACGCUCUUAUGUUGCACACAGCUGCUUACUGAUGAAAAACUUGUCAUUUGUGGAUGAUUCAGAAAGUCUUAUGAAGCUGUCAGGCUGAGAUCUGUGGCCCCCCGUCGGCCCCGAGAGGGUGAGACGGCUGCCAGGAUUUGUCAUAGAGGCCGAAAGCAGAGCUGGGGACCUAAAAGUGGAGCUGGUGUUGGUUUCACAGCCGCACCUCUGAAUAGACAGAGGAGAAAUGAAUAGACUACAGGCAGGGACAGAAAUCACUUCUCUACAUCUCUUCUUGGCUCUAUACUGUAGUUUUUCAUUGUACCAAUCUUAGUGGGCUCACUGGAGACUCGACUGGGAUUCUUUGACCUGCUGGCUGCUAGUUCGAGUCAGGUUUAAGUUAGACAUCAUGGAUAAUUCUUUGGAGAGUUGUUGCACCAGGUGAACAAGUUCACUAAAACAUUAAGUCAGCAUGUUUAUCCAUUUGUUCCUUGGAUCUCCUCUCUGGUUGAUGUCCAAAUUGCUUUGAGUGACUGAAGGGAAAAAUAAAGCUGGCGAAAAGUGUCAUCUUUAGUUUACUUUGAAAGGUCAACUACUGGUUCAAAACCCUAAGAGACUAUUGGCAAAAUAGAAAAUCAGUAAAUGUUCACAGGGGACAGUGAACUUUUGCCAUUGUAGCUUUAAAAUGACAAACUAUUGACAAGUUAACUGAGACUUCCAUUUAUGUGCCCUCAAUGUGUCCUAUUGGCUUCAAAUAUGGAUUUAGCACACGUAUCAAACACAGAUCCAUGUGGAGCAGACUGUAGGAAUCCAAUAAUUAGGACUGAAACUAUCAGCUGCUUUCUCUGUUGAUGAAUCAGCUAGUCCUUAAAUGAUUUAAAAAGUGAUUUAAGUGUGGGUUGUAAUUGAUGUAAGUUCACUUUUGUUUGUAUAGCACAUUGGAAAUGAGGAUAGUUUGCCAUCGAUUCAGGAGUUGAGAACCUAGAGGUUAUUCAUAAGCAGCAGUCUAAGCAGUUCUUAGACAUCUAGGUGAGGGUAAUCGAAGGCUUGAUUAAAAAACAUGGCUAUGUACUUCACCAUGAGUCUGACUUCUACAGAAAUUUAUCCUAUAAUCAAUAUCAGUCUGCUCGGAAAACGACAUUCGUGUACACGUUGCUUAGGCUGAUGUAAUAAUAUUAUUUCUACGUUUACAAGAUUUUCAAAGUAUAAUUUUUCUGCGAAUCAUACACAUGCCAGGAUUUCUUAAAGUCCUUGCUUGGAAGUCUUUUAUUUUGAAGGUUCAUGAAAACAAAUAUCUUUUGGUAUAUUUUUUUGCGGUUCAGCUCUUGAAAUUGAUUUUAUGUAGCUGCUGGACAAAUCCAGUUUCUCCCCCUCUAAAGUGGCUGAGACAUCUGUGUGCUUUUGAGCCUCCUCUCUCUGGGGCAGACAGUUCAUCAAGUGAUAAAAUCCAGUAACGCUCGUCCUUCACUGAAGGAGGUGUCACACCGGCUGGAUGGAAACAUGCUUCAAGGUGUGAGGAGUGUCGAUAUUUAUUCUUGGAAAAGAUUUCAUUCACAGAAACAGAGAUCACCUCAGAUUACCUGAUGUUAUUCAGUUGAAAAUUAAACAGCUUUAGUUUGUCCCCAACUCUAAACUUAACUCUAACUCUCAACAUUUUUGAAAGUGCUCACAACUUCUCUCACUCCUCUCACAGCUGCAAACCAUUUAAAGCCCCCAGACCCACAAAUCAGCAAAGUCACUUCAAAUAUGUCAGUUCGGGUCUUGUGGUAUUUUUUGUACAAACAAAUAACUGCAAAUGGAGGCAGAAUCUGUUGGCAAGUAACUUGACUUUUAGUGUCAGAAGUGUUGUGAUUUGUGUUUGUAGUCUUUGCACCAUCUGCUACUGUUUCAGCAGGCUGUGGCUAAAAGAAGGAGGAGAACAGUCUGUGGAGAGCAAAAGACAGUGAAUGCAUCAGCUGCCAUGCAAUCCUAGAAACUCUCAGCAUUCAUAUGGCAGUUAUUUAGCAUUUCAUUUAUCUUUGCAAGCAAAUAUGUCUGUGUAAGUGCAGAUAAAAAUCUACUUUUUCAUGUUGUCUCCCAACUCCAACUCCAUAUUCACUUCUUAUGUUUUUUGCUGGGCGGUAAAGAUUGUUUGAAUCCAAAUCCCCCCCAAAAAAGUCUUUUUUUGUUGCUUUUUGUAGAUAUUAUUCAUAAUAGCUUUAAAUUGGUUGCGGUGAGCCUGGGAAUUUAAGACAAAGUUUACUCUCAGAAUUCUUUAAACCAAUAAUAAAAAUAGUCACAGCAGCUAUCUAGCUGUUUACACCGUGCAUUAGCAUAUUUAACAUGUGAUUAUUGACAGCUGUGGGUGUAAAGUGUCGACUGCGCUCGUCUAUUUCUGGCAGCAGGUGUUUAACAUCCCCCAUGGGAGUUUAGUACUGUAAUUAUACAGCUAGCUAACACUGUACAGCCAUAAGAACUGGACUUUAUAUAUUCAGUGGUUUGGAUAUGUGAAUGCUGAUAGAAGUAACCUCCAAUUAACCAGUUUAGAAUAAACGUUUCCAGGCAACUUGUUUCUUUUAUCUUGUCUUACUCAUAUCACUACUAUGUAUUCUGAUGACAUAGAAAUAGUUGGACUGUCUAAACUCCUUCACUCCAACCGUUUUAUCCUGCACAAGUCUACAGCAACAAUAUCAAGAGAUGGUACAAGACUGACCCAGCCCUAACAACAGGCUCAAAUAAGGAACAAUUGAAGACUAUCCUGAAAAGUAGAGGAUGUUUGCCUUUCAGACUAGUAGAUUAAUCCAGAGGAGAGGGGACUUGACUAUGAGUAGGCCAUUAUCUGGGAGCUUAAUGUUCUGGAGGGGGGUACCAGGUCAAUAUGAGUUCCAGGAUAUGAUGGUGGCUGAGGAUUUUAUCUUUGUAUGUCAGAAGAAGGAUUUUCAAUUCUAAUCUAGAUGCAGAUGCAUCAUUCAGUAUCUCCUUCAUAUAAUGUAAUGUAGCUGGUAUUGCUACUAUGUCAGUGAAUCCACCAGUGUAAUGAGAAGUGAAGUUUGAACAGAUAUUUGAUAAAGACAGGGGCAGUAAUGGGAUCAUCUGUCUGUCUCCAGUUCGGGACUUUUGGCUAAACGUCCCACUGAACAGAUACAAUGAAACCCAUCAGCUGUUCUCACACACACAGACACACACAAGUCUCAGUCAUUCAGAAACAGCUGACGAGGAGCUUCCCCUCUGCUCUCUCUGUGUGGUGUGUAGUAUUCCAUGACUCCAUCACUCGGCAGACGAACACUCAGCUUUUUUAAUGUUAUACUGAUCAGCACAUGUCACACUUUGACAGGAGGACACAACUCUACAGUGAGGCAGCAAAAGUACAAUAUCUGAGUCAAAAAGAUGUCCGUCUGCUUCAGUUUUACAUGAAUCAAUGUUCAGUGAGGUGUCACUCAAAUGUGUCACUUGUGAGUAUUACUCAUCCUCUGAGUUUGUUUCUAUUUGCUUCCUAUUUUUAUAACUACUCAAUAAGCAGCGCUGAAACAGUUUGGCAUUUCUGUGACCUUUAGACCUGCCUGUGUGGUAUUUUGGUACCAAGCACAGGGGGCAUAGCAUGGAGCUUCAUUCAAAUGAGGAAAUGGAAGUUGUUUGCUGGUAUUUUGAUGGAAAAUGUGCUGUAGACUUGGGGGAGAUAGAAACACAUCAAUCUGCUGCCAGGCUGGUGAUUCUGUCUUCAAAAACAAGUGAAUUUGAUGUUGAUGUUGCAAUUGUGCCCAAAUAUCAAAACUAGUCUUUGAAUGACUGUCCAAAAGGUGAAUGGGUUGAAACUUCAGUUUAAUCUGUAGUUAAGAAAAAAAAUAGAAAGGGCCUGUUUCCACUGACAGCAUUUUUAUGCACUGGCAGCGUCUACAAUCUUUAUAAAACCAGUGCAUCUUAGCGUUUUCAGCACUCAGUGUCCUAAAUGCCUCAGUGUCAGAUGUUUUCUUGCUGAGCUCACAGCACCCUCCGCUGAAAAUAGUUCACCACGGCCGUGCUUCAGGUCAGGAUUCCAUUAUGCGUAAUCGGGUAACUACACAUCACCCCUUACAUUGAGCCUGCAGAGCAUACAGUGACUUUGAGCACAGCUUGGCUGUAGGAGAGCUGGGUUAUAAAAUCUGUAGAAUCUGUCUGGAUACAUGGAAUAAAUCAGCCAUUCUUUUUUAUUCACAGCAUGUUGUUCCAACAGAAGUUACCUAAUUGACACUUAAAGGGAUAUUCCGGCGUAAAGUAAAGUUAUGGUCAAACACACCGUAGCACUGAGUUAGACACCCCCUCGAGAGAUGAAUGUUGCCAACUGCUCGCGCGCAAACCUCAACCAAAACGCCACUCUACAGCCACAAGUAAUACUCAGAACAGCACCUAACUUAAUCAACAGUACAUAUAGGGUCCCAGCCACAGCACUAGCCACCAAACAUCUUUUUAACUUUGCCUGAUUACUUUAGCAAAGAGACUAAACACAACUCACCCACUCACCUCCAGCAGCCCAUUGUUUGUGGGGGAGCCCUGAUGAGUUGAUCACCGAGUGCAGCGGAGUUUCGCAGCUCAAGGAAGAACAUUUAUGAUCAUUACUUCAUGGAAAUGCACUGCGAGUUCUUGUGUAUCUUGUAUGUGCACUGCAAAUACGGUAGUUUCUCUGCCUUAGUGUCUCAGUCUGGUUGCAUUUCCAUGAAGUUAUAAUCAUAUAUUUUCCACUGCACUCCGUGAUCGACUCAUCAGGGCUCCCCCACAAACAAGCGGCUGCUGGAGAAGAGUAGGUGAGUUGUGUUUGGUCUCUUUGCUAAAGAAAUUAGGCAAAGCUAAAAAGAUAUUUGGUGGCUAGUACUAUGGCUGGGACCCUAUAUGUACUGUUGAUGAAGUUAGGUACUGUUCUGAGCAUUAUUUGUGGCUGUAGAGUGGCUUUUUGGAUGAGGUUUGCGCAUGGAUCCAUAGACCACUGUGUAUUGCUAUCAUGUGGUUGUUAAUUAAUUUGGUAUAGCUAGAGAAGCAAGCAGUCAGCAACAUUAAUCUCACGAGGGGAUGUCUAACUCGGUGUUACGGUGUGUUUGACACUGACCUAAUUUUAUGCAGAAAUAUCCCUUUAAGGUAGGUAUUGAAGUCUGAGAACAUAUGCCUAUUUUUUGUAGGUUUAUUUACUCUUCUGCAGUGAGUUUGUGGUCUCAGUUGCUGGUAUUGUGUGUUUGUCACUGCAACAUGAGGUUCAUUUGGUAGAUUAGGAGGAGUAAAUUAACAUCACAACAGUCACGUCCACUCCUUAUAUAGCACAGUCUGUGUCCGACAGCUGCAGCUUUUUAUGUGACAUUCUGAGUGAUUUUGUGGGAGACUGCAGAAACUGAGCACAGUAACUCAUUUAUGAGCUUUAUUGUUCGUAAAUCUCUUUGUCACUAUAUUAAUGAUGUCCUGCCACAAGUUGUGAAAUGAGCCUUAGAGAAUUGUUGGAUGAGUUUCUUCCAGUUUCUUGACGGUUUGUUCUUAUUUGGUCACUGUGCUGUCCCAGAGAUAUGUUCAUUUAAAUAAUUUAUACCAUUUGAAAAAUACUGUGGACUCUGCCAUAAGUUUCUCAUUAGGCACACAGACUAAAUUUGCACAUUUCUACUUUUAAUGUGAUGAUUAUGAAAAUUAAUACACAUGAGCAGCAGCUCAAAAACCCAGAGCCCUGUUGGAAAUAAUUUCUGUGUGUGUGUUGCCAUGUGGAGAUAAUCUGUUCUCUUCAUGACAGCAGGAUGGAUUAAUGCAGCAUUUUUUGAAUCAGAAGGCUUUUAUCACAGAGCCAGAGAGUUAUAGGGUGUGCAAGGCAUGGUGGAUGCUUCCCAGCAUCCCUCUGGGCUCAGCAAUUGAUUGUUUCCUCAGGUUCAGUGGUUCAGAGAAGCGAGUCCGGGGAACAGAUAUGAAAGACUGGUAUUAACGGGGUAGAUGAGGGAGAAUCAGGCUCAAUCUGCUGCUGGGAGCCACAGUGUGAGGAAGAUUGGCGUUCAAAUUAAUAUCUUGUGGGUGAAAGUGCAGUCACCUAAGACAACUGGAAUUACUCUGUAUGUUUUUCAACAUGAGCAAAAAGAGGAUCUGCAAGGAUACUCACACUGAAGUUAAUUCUAAUUCAAAUGUAAAUCCACCAACCUACCACUGCACCACCCCAGCAGAUGCCCUUUUCUUUCUGUUUGUCUGACAUCAGCAGUGGGCAGCCGUUUCAGGGAAAUGACUGAGCUGCCUUUUACUCAGAAAAAUACAUCCAUGUUUUGAAGUACUCUUCAACCCUCAGUAGGAGCUGGUGAGUUUGGAGCUAGAGAUAGACAGGUCAUUGAAAAUGUUUAAAAUGGACAGACAUGCUUUUGGUUUGAGUCUGAAUAUUAUGUUUUUUCAUCAGGUCAGAAAGUAAAUAUUCAGUACAGCAGGUUUUAAAUUCAUAGAUGCACGUCUUUUACUCACAGGCAGUAACAUUUCACAGCUUGUGCACCAUAACAGAAACAUAUCUUCAGCUCCAGAUGAGGGAUAAUUAGCACUUGUUUAGUUAAUGGUCUUGAAAUCACAAGAGACUCUGCUCUUUUGUUCAGAGGUGCUUAACAGCUUGUAACUGUAACAUAAGACAUGAAAAAUAUGAACACAUGUAGCAGCUGCUUCAGCUGUCAGCCCCUGGAGUCUUAAGAGUCUUAACAAUGAAGGAUAUGGGCAGACAGCUGUCAAUCAAAGACACAUGCUUCUCUUUAAACGCUUAUAACCUGUGUAUUUAUACAGUGCUAACAAUUGUCCACAUUUGUCUGCUGGUUGUGUGUUGAAGGUGAUGAAAGAGAUGAUCUCGGGGAAAUACUGUAAAUGUUGCUGGUUGAGCCUAACUUUUUAAAAUAUCUUGAGCAUCUUUGCUGGACCUACAUGCUUGUUAAAUCGUCAACAAAUCACUCCUUACUAGGGUUGGGUAUCGUUUGAUUUUGAACGAUUCCGAUUCCGAUUUCGAUUCCUCAUUUCGAUUUCGAUUCCUAUCGAUUCUUUAUUUCGAUUCUUUUAAAAGGCAGGAUAUCAUAAAAAAAAAAGCAUGGUUUGAAUGAGGGCGCUAACCGGAGCUCUUCUUUUUGGAUGUAAUUUCUGAACUUCUCCAUGAAUUUUUAAAUCAUAUUAACUUUUUAGGAACUUUACUAUGAAUUUCUCACAUUUUCAACCAGUAUAUAAAUAUCAUUUUUUGUUGUCAGGUCGUUUGUCUAUGAAAAAGUACAAGGGCUAACGUUAGUUGGAUAUUUAAGUUGACCCACCGUACUCAGUGCAAUUUGUUUACCGCUUCAAAGUUAGCAGAGGAUAGAAGUAAUUUAUUGUUUCACUUAUCUGAUCCUGACUGGUUAGCGGAAGACAGGUGUUGUGCUGUAGAAUGCACCCCUGCCGUAGAAUGCCUCCCCUCCACUGAUUAGCUUCUUAAAGUGGAAAACAAUGAUCUCAUAUUUAAAAAAACACGGGUAUUAGAUCAUGACAACAUGUCAAAUGGAGCAGUAAACUUUCGUUUCGUUUUUCUGUGUCUCAGAAAUGCACACAUAGAGGUGUACUUGGGUAUAUAAAUUGUACAGUAAGCUGUUAAUGUAGAGAACAUUUUAUUUUCCGGACAGUAAAUAUUCAGAAUCAGAGGGCUGUUGUUUUCGGCAUAUCUGAAUAGCCUGAAUGAAAUCAUUAAAGGCACACGCUUUAGAUUCCGUCCAACGGUAAGGAAAACUUGGAUUGUUUCGCCUUGUUGUGUGCUUUCAACCGCGCUCCCGUCAGGGGUGCAUUCAACAGCAGGGGUGCAUUCUAUGGCAUAACACCGGCUAAGCGCGUCAAAGACGAGCACUCGGGUAUUUCUCCUCCAUGAAUCCUGAGGUGUUUAAUCAUGUUUGUCGUUUACCCUCCUUUGCAUGAUAUAACUGUAUUGCUAAUGUUGCAUUGAGAUAAGAGCUCAUUCUUCCUGCUAAAGUUAGCCAAACUUUUGACCAACGAAGAAGAAGCUGCCGAACACCAACGAGGACGGAGCGUAUGAGACGAAGUCACACAGAGAGAGGAGAGAGACAGAGAGAGAUUACAUUGUAACCCACAGCGGCUGCAUUGCUGUGGGUUGCAAUGUACUUUCUCUCUCUGUCUCUCUUCACUUUCUGCGUGGCUUCGGCGGCUAUUUCUUCCGGUCGGCGGACUCCGGCAUCGAAACUUGGAAUCGAAAUUUUUAUAUUUGAACGAUACCAGAAGAAUCGAAGUUUUAGUCUCGAUUCCCAUCGAUUCUCGAUUCUCGAUACCCAACCCUACUCCUUACUUCAUAAGUUUCACUUGGCUGUUGCUACUGUUGUUGUGGAUUUUAAUUUGGUUUGUCAGAUUGAUUUUUUAAAUCCAGAUAAAUGGCUGAAUUUAUUAGCUGAUUGCAAAAAAUCACAUACUUUAUGGUGUGUUUAGACCUGCUUGCAUUUACAAAUUAAACCAGAGUCUUGAUUUUGAAACCAUGUCAAUGCAAUGACAUAAAGAUUUAUUUUUGGGGCUUUUUCUGGCCUUUAUUGACAGAGGCAAAGACAAUAGAUUGAGCAGGAAACAGGGGGGAGAGAGUGAGGAAUGAUGUGGAGGAAAGAUGCCACAGGGGAAAACAAACCCAGAGAUAACAGCUCAAAGUCAGACUACUUUGGUGAUGUUUUACUUCUAUUUUGCACAAAGUGCCUCUUCACUUUGAGCUUUCAACUAAGCUUUUUUAAAGGUUUUAAAAUGAAAAGUAGCAUUGUUGUUUCUCUUCACUUCAGCCGCAGGGAGCAGAGAGUUGCUGCAGCCUCUUAAACUUGUAUGCCAAAGGUGAAGAAAUAGCUCACGAUUAAAAUAAUGUUAAUGUCAGAAAUUUUGCAUUGCAGUUAACCCAUGACCUCUUGCAGUCCUAAUGUUAUCCAUAAAAUAAGUAAAGCUGAAUUCAUUUUUGGAGGCUUUGGAUUACAUCUAAAGCCAUAAAGUUUCCACAUUUUUAUUUAUCGUUUUUAAAGAACUCUCUUAAUUAUUUCACACUGUUUUCAUUUCAAAAGUUCUUUUCAUUUGCAAUCUGUUUAGUUCAGCAAGAGAUGGACAGCCUGAGAUGUCCCAGCAGGUUUUACUGCCCUCUCCUCUCCAACCUGCACCGCCUUGCUGGAUGUUGGAAAGACUAUUUUCAUUUCUUGGUCAUACUGCUGAACUCUGCAGUAAAGCACUGUGACAUUUUCUCUAAAAAGCCACAUGAGGCUUCAGGCAUAACUGAAAAUGUCACAAACACAGCUCUGAUUUUAUUCUGCUGGCAGACAGACAGACAUGGGAGUGCUGAGAUAAUUUUUACAUAACACUGCAUAACAUUAUUCCUCAGAGAAUAACUACAGGGGGCUGGCCUGGUUGACUUUACUCUUUGUAGAAAUUCAAUCACUUGUUCUUCACAGUUGUGUGAGGUCAUUAAAACAUAGACUUUACUAGAGUUCAGUGAGGGCAGUGUAGCACGAUACAUGUAAAAAUGUUGUUUCUGCCUGUCGGUCUCUGACAGUUAGAGUGCUGUGGAGCACGGCUCUGAGUCGCUCUGAGAAAGUUUUACAGUCUGUGUGAAAGCCGAGCUCUUGGUAACUGGACCUCAGCUGGAACACAGCGAGCUGAGUCAGCUCUCAGCCAGCUCCUGAUGACAAUUCAUCCUGUUAAAACUGCACUUGAUCAUCCUGAUCAGAAGAUCCAAAAUGGUUCGAUGUCAGGGAUCACCAAAGAGAACCACAGUGAACCUUUAGAAAGGACUAAGCUGGGUUAAUUUUUGCAGGCUAAUGAUUUUUCUGCUUGUUAAAGGGAAAAAAAAUGUUUUUACAUCGGGAGAUGAAACCGAUGGCAAAGGUGUCAGUGAACCCUAGCCAGGCCGUAGUUUCAGUUGAAUAAAACUAGGGUGACCAUAUUCUGAAUCCCCAAAAAGCAGACACCACAGCGUGGGGGCUGAGUCACAAAGUCACGCGCUUCUAACUCAUUAAGUCCAUGUUACACAAACUCGAAACUUCCAUACAAAACCCCGGACAUUUGAAGGAUUUUAUAAACUUCCCCAGACAAAGCCGGACAGCCCCCCAAAAAAGAGGACAUGUCUGGGUAAAAGAGGACGUAUGGUCACCCUGAUAAAGCAUGAAGAGGCAUUUUGAUGCCCAGCAGUGGCAGCACCAUAUUGGAAAUGUUGCUUCAUUCCAACUUUUGGUCAAACUAGAGUCAAGCAAAGAGCUGGAGUUGAGUCAGGCCUCCAAGCCCUCUGGUAAUCAGCUGACCCACCUGACAGUCAACCAAUAAUGCGAAUGUUUGUAUAUCUCCUGCUGUUUUAUUAUUUAAAGGCAGCAUUAUGAAAGAUUUAACCACAUGUGGAGUGCGAGUGGGGAGGUGAGCUAUAUAUGAGCUCUGUAGACCCACACUGUUUCCUGAUUGUGGCUGUCUAUGUGUUCGUUUCCUACUGUGAAGUUGGGCAUUUUGACAUGGAACCCUUGAGUUUUGACAGAGGUAUUUUUAUAGAGGGGCUGGAGGUUGUCUAUUUAAGAGGAUAGCUCAGUGGAUAGAGCAGAAAAUGGGGACAGGGAGCCAGGGGUGACAUGCUGGAAAGUGGGAGCCUGAGAUUAAAUACAUCCUACCUGAGGCAUAACCUUUGCAUAUGAAACAUGUGCUUGGACUGGCAGGUCAGAUUUUUGCACUUUUACCUUGACUUUUAUUCUAACAGUGGAGGUUACUGCUUGGGCCACUGGCUCUGUUACAGUGACUGGAAAAAAAAACAUCUGGGAGGAAUAGGUCAAAUUCCUACAAACCAAAAAAAAGUCACAAAGCAUUAGAAGAAAAUCUAGACUCAAACCCCCCAAAGAGACAAAGACAAAACCACAAAUUAGCAGUAAAAGGCAACAAUCUACGAAGAGAUGAAAUGAGAGGACUCUAAAAUCCAUGAACAGAUUUAAAGAGACUGUAAUGACCCCAAUUUAACACGAACUGACUAAAAGGAUGACAUAACCUGAAAGACACUCAGGAGGAGCACAACAUCAAAGCGAAAAAAACAAACCUACAAAGGGCUAAACAUUCCCAGGAGCAUUCAAACAAAUUUAAGUACACACAAAAAAGCCAGAAAGGGACGAUAGGGUUAUAAAAUGCCGUGCAGUGUAGAAGAAGUGAUCAUUGAUGUACUAGAAAUGUCAAACAUCAAACAGAAGACAAUAAAAGGUUAGACAGAGUGAAAAAAAAUGUCAGUAUAAUGUGAACAUUUUGUAAAUUCCCUCUAUGCCACAGAUAAAACAUGAUGUGGCUUCAGUUGAGAGGAAUAGCACUGACACCGUACAGGGUUUGAGAUGCAGCAGCUGCUCAUAAAUCAGGUCUUUAUCGCACCGGCACAGAAAGGUGUUCAGUAAACCUACAAGUUUAGAUACGAAUAAUAUCAAUUUUUGUCCCUGAAACUUGCAGUGAUCACAGCAGCCGCUCCUGCAGCUCUCUGACAUUUGUUUCUGCUGCCUGUACCUACAGCUCAGUGAGCCUGCAGAGUGGCAGCGAGCAGCUACGACUGCUGACAGGCAAGAGGCUGUUUAUAGCCUCUGAAGGUCACACACACACACACACAUGCACACUGACGCACACUGACACACACAUACACACACAGGUCUUAUCAGUUACCCCUCUGCUUUUCUGUCUCUCUUCACAUCUACAGUUACAGACGCACAGAGUCGCUGCCGGGGGCUCUGUGUGGUUGAUAAUGUCCAGAUUCACAUUUUUAACCCUGCUGGAUGGAUACAGAUGAACUUGGAUCGUAGCAAAGACGUUUAUCACCACUUACCCCUCAUUCCAGGCUGUAAGCUAUUCCAAGUCCUAAACUUUUCCAGAGUAAAAUAGGCCAUUUGGUUCAUUUGAAACAAAAACAGCAGAAGAUAUUAAUCGUUUAGAAGAGAAGGAGGAGGAGGUGUAUUUGUGUGGACAGUAUAAUGUGAGCACAGGAAGUCCACCGUGUAUAAAGUGUGCGUGAAGUGUAUGUGGGUCAGUGUGAAUGGCUCACAGUGAAAGGAGGCCACUCCACAGCCCUGGACAGGCCGCACAUUGUUCAAGCUCAAUGAGCAUUUUCCUGAAAGACAAACUCCCGUUCACUUUUAAUCCCGUCGGACAUGGUGAAAUAAUCUGAGAUCAGCUGGAGUCAGCCAACAAACACUAACAGAGGAGGAAGAGUGACACGUUUCCAACAGCUUUGAAUGACAAAUGUUACAUUACCGACAACGAAGCAGGCAGCUCACUGAAACAUCAUGUAGUACAGUUUAAAGACACACUUCAGAAGAGAAGAUAUCAGGUUGAGGCGCUGCUGGGAUUUGAACCCAGGAUCUCCUGUUUACGAGACAGGCGCUUUGACCAGCUAAGCCACAGCGCCACUUCAGCUGUGAUUAGACUUUGCAUUGAGAUCUGUUCCUUGAUCAGUUAUGUCUACUCAACCCCUCUCGUCAACAUGCAUCAAGAAAGCAAAGUAAAAAACUACGUGUCCAUAGAGUCUGUAACAAACAUGUAUAUGAGACAUAGCAGAAAAACAUUGAACGCUCAUGUAUGAGGAAAGAGAGGGAUGAAAACUUACAGGUCACUUCUCCUUAUCACGUCAUUAAUUUAUAUACGUCAGUGGGCUGUUGACGGAGGUAAAGAGCAGAUAGGGAUCCUUAUGGAGUUGGUUGUAUCUACCUUUAUGAAUGACCUUGUGUCAGACUGUGUCAGAGCAAACUCUGCUCAUCACAGCACUACUUAUGCCAUCUCACCUUGUUUCCUCAGUUUCAGCUGGUAUCGACUCAGGCCUCACACUUGACAGCUUGAGUGUACACAACAGCUUUAUUUUACUUCUGGCUUGCAUGUACACAAAUAGAGCCUUUUCACAUGCUGAUAAAAAAAAAUAAUAAAGAGAAAGGCGACCCUGCACUUUUACAAGCCACACACAGUUCUUAGCCAAAAUAAACAGCUUAUCUGGACAAUGUUUAUGUCUUUAUCUGUACGAUAAGCCCUGGCCUGGGAACAUGAAAUAUAAAGUAUGGCAUCAGCCUAGCUAUGCUUUUCAUAUUAAAUCCUAAUCCUCAAAAUUUUUAUCUUUGAGAGUAAUUCAGUGAAUGGAGAGGACUCGCUAUCUAUUGGAAUCCCUGCUGGACUGUCUUUUGAUAAAAAUGUGAAAAAUUAUACAGGUUAUGCUCUAUGAUUAACACUUGAUAUCAGGUAACAAGUGAUAUUUCCUCUUGUGUGACUUUUCUCUUGUACCCUGCUUCCUUCUUUCCUUUCCUUCUUCUUCUUUUGUAUGUAGUUCUUCAAAUAUGUAAAUCAAGCACCUGUUUUAAAUGUCAGUAAGAUUACUGUGUGAUAACAAAACCCCUGAAACCUGUAACAUGCCAAAAAUAAAAAAGGACAUCGCAUGCAGACACGAUGGUCCUAGAGGCGGGUAGUUUGGGUUUGAUCCUGACCUGCUGUUAUUUGCCAUGUGUCUCUCUGCCCAGAUUUCCACUCCGCCCAAAGGCACAAAAGCCUGACUAAAACUUAGAAAAAAACAAAUCAACACAGUCAAACAGUAGGAAGAACACUGAAGAAAGUAGAAAAUUUUCCCUGAACAAUCAUCUUUUGUGUUGUCUCUCCCUGAACUUCAUUAGUGAAGUUGUUUUUGCAUCCACAUAUGUGUUCAUGCUGCGUUCAAGUUACCUCGGAAGUCAGAUGUCGGAGCUGGGAAUGACGUAACACCUGAAUUACAGCGUUCCAGUUAACAAGUCAGAAAACCAAGAUGGCUGCUACAGUAGAGCUCUGUUGUUUAUGAUUAUCAGCUGUCGUUGGCCGUUGUCAGCGGUUGUUAGUUGCUGUUCACUGUACCAGUUGUAAACAACACUUAACACAGCAUUUUACUCUAUAGCACCAUGUUCAUAGUCAGACAUUGGGCAGUACAACAUAUACCACUUAUUUAAUUUCACAAAGACACAACAGGUUUGCUAAUAAAUAACACAUUACGAGAGCUUUUACUGUUACUCUUUACUGUUAACGCACUGCACUGCCAUCUUGAAUUAUGACGUUGUUGUCAGGUCGGAGUUGGCAAGGAUCGUCCAACUUUCUGAGUUGGAAAUCCGACUUCAGGGGGGCGUUCUAGAUUAAUGAUGAUGACUUCAAUUUCCACUGUUUGCACUUGACUGUGUAGAAAACAGUCUUUUUGUGAUCAGUAUGACUAAAAAAAAAACUAUAUAAAGUUUAUGGCCUUAGACAGAGGUGACAGCAACAUCUCAUACAGCACAGCCAGUGUGAAGAUCAGUCAGGGCAAACUGGAGCCAUCAUCAGUCCCACAGCCUGCAUAUUGGCUAGUUAAAGCCAGAUUUUGUUUGUCAGUCUAUGAUUAGAGCUGUUACCCUGAGAAUGGUAUGUUCGUUACAGCAACAGUUUGCUUUUGAAAACCAUUGGUCCUAAAACUGCUAUGUAAUAACCAGUCAGAAUCAAGUCCUUCAUAGAGAUAAUGAAUGGUCAUAGUGGUGUGUAAUAAAGUGAUUAAAUAGAGUCAUCAAAGUCUUGGUCGAAAGAGAAUUUAGGAAAGUCAAAGAUUAUUACAUUAAAGAAAUAAUAAACACAAAAACCGUCGACUCCAUGUUGCUUCUUUGUUUGACUAAAGAUGAAAUUAAUGAGAGUACUGUCUUCUUUUCGCACAGCUCACUGCUGACUGACCCGUCUGAUGUUAUCUCCAACAGGCAGAUAGGUGCAUUGUGGGGAAAAGCAAAUAGAUCACUUGUAUUUUUUCAGUGGUCUUGCUCUGCCUGAUCAAGAGCUCAGCAGCUCUUUGUGAUUUCAGACUCUGCCGGAGGUUUAGCUGACACACCAGCAUUCGUGAGUGUCUGCGUGUGUCUGUCUAUGUGUAUGUUGCACUGAAAGUGUUGCUCUUUGUUCUACAGGAUUGAUCUUUCACUGCUCAAAUGCAGCUUUUUGUUUAUGACACCAUUAUGUUUUUGAAGACUUUUAAUUUAGGGGAACUCAUAAAUUUAAAUCAGUUGUCUCAGUUUUGUUUGAGUAGGAUCUUCUGUGUCAGACUUUAAUAUCAUUUGCUUUGCCUGAUUCUUCUGAUUAGAUAAGCUGAUAAUAAACCAUCAGGAUUGAGCUGUAUUAGGAAAUAUUAUACUGGUUUGUCACAGGUGUAAAAGUGAGGUUCAGGAGCAGGUUUGUCACAGUCAAACUGUUCCUGCAUGGUUCAUUCCUCAGCAGCACCUGGCUGGCCUUUAAUUUCCUCUUUUGUUCUCAUAUUUCAUUAUUCUCUCAUACUUUAAUUACGUGCUAUGGCUUUGUGCCUGAAUUAUAAACUGGUGAACCUGUGUUCAAAUCCCAGUAUCCUCCUUUUAUUAUUCCCUGCAUUAUAUUAUAAAAUACAGUACAACAUUUAUUCCAAGAGACUUGGGCUGCAGCUAUUGAAUAUUUUAGUAAUCCUGUAUUCUACUGGAAAUUCUAUUUUAUAAGCUGUAAAAAUUAAAUGAUUCUUUAAGGGCUAAAUUCCUUGAUCAUUUUUUAUAAUCGAGGUAUUUGAGGAAUUGUUUCAGCCCUUCAAGAGACCCAUACAUCUGAAUGAUUUGAAAAUAAUUUUAUUACAUUUAAUGUAUUUGGCAGUUUUGAGGAAAUUAAAAUCUUUCUUCAAUGACAAAAAACCUUUUUUUUUUUUUUUUAAUAUUUUUCAUUAUCAAACCAAAACAAAAUCUAAGAGUCAUCUAAAGAGUCAUUUAAAAUCAUUGGGGUAGACAUUCUAUUGAACAGUAUUUUGAAGGUCACUGAUUAGUGGACUGGUAGAUGGAGUUCGGAUUCUAAAAAACACGAGACAGCUUACCAUUAUUUCAAUUUUCUUGCAUAAAUUUUCACAAUAAAAGAUAUAUUUAACUGUCAAAUGUCAGCUGAAUUAAAUUUUUUUUUUGUCAGUAGACUCUACGAAGGCGUGUAGGAAAUAAAUAGCAAAGACUGCUUUGUCCACAGGAAGCGCCAAAACUGACCCAAAGCAAAGGUUCCUGCCUGUAGCUUUAACUUGAAGACUUUUAGUGAACCAGUGUAGCAUCUGCCUCCUUAUGACAAAAUGAAGGUUUAAAGUUCAACUUGACUUUGACUUUGUUUUCAACACAUUGUGAAGAUUUGCCACUUACUGGACAUUGGCUACAACUACCUCACUUCCAAUGGUUGGUUGCAAAUUGUAAGAUUAUUAUGUUAUUAUGAGGUGUCUAAAAGUCUCACUGCAGUGAAGGAACAAACAGAAAGGGAGCUGCUCUUAAAAACCCCAAAACCCCAACUUAUCUUUCACCUACCUUAGACAGGUUUCUGUCCUUUGGUUAAUGAGCCAAGGAACGGAGCGACCAACAUGGGAUGCUCACAGAGUUUAUUACUGUGAUGAGGAAAGUAACACAUUACUGAAGAAACGACCCAAUAAGGCAGUUAUCUUAACUGACUGAGGUGUGUAAAUGAAGCAUUUCUGUUCUUCUGGGACCAUAAAGCUGAUAUGACCGUUCCACACAUGAUGCACAUCCACCCACAAUUUAAAGCUGGCAGACUGGCCUGUUAUGAAUCCUUUGAGGUACCAGGGUAUGGGUGAUUAAACACACCAGACUGUUUAUGAGGCACACUUUGAAUGCACAUUUGAGGCACUGCUGGGAUUUGAACCCAGGAUCUCCUGUUUACGAGACAGGUGCUUUGACCAGCUAAGCUACAGUGCCUUGCUGAUAGUUCAACAUCACUGAAAAGAACAUGCUGUUUCUGUAUGAUGAAGCUGUUUUGAUGAAAUAUAUAUUUUUUUAAAUCAAACACCAAUAAUCUGAUGUGUUUCAUAAGCAACUCUGAGCUCUGUCCUCAAAACAGGAACUUCUCCAAUUGGACUAGGACCAGUAAGUUAACUGGGACUGGGCAGAGGCAGCCAUCAGCCUGUCUCAGACAGAUCUGUGGCAUAGGGAACAAUGUUGUCAUUUAUGCCCAUUAACCCACAUUCAAAUGUCAACCUGAGGAGUCUGAGAUAAGAACCGCAGCAAGUGUCAAAGAGCUGGCUAACCUUUUUACAUUGUGCGAGUGUGUGUGUGUGUGUGUGUGUGUGUGUGUGUGUGUGUGUGUGUGUGUGUGUGUGUUUGUGUGUCUGUUUCAAUUAAAUCUGUUGACCUUGUUUUUCAACAAGGUAUGUUCAGAAAAUGUUCUCAAUAGACAGAAAAUUAAAGGACAAGUUCACAUUUUUUACACCUGUCAGAUAUAUAUAUGCAUGGCACAUAUUGUUGUCCUCAAUCUCCACCCUAGGUCAAAGGUCACAGUCCCCAGACUGGAGCAAAAAUUGAAGGAUUACAGAGCAGCAGAGCCGGGAGAUGUGGCUCAGUGAGGGUUAGAGGUGUGUAGACAGCUGUUCAGGGUUUUACACUCCCGGCAUGAACACUUGUGUCCUAUGAUUGUGAUCGAGGCGCCAGAGAGGCCUCGAGGUUAGCACACGUAUGAAUGCUGCCAUGUUUCCAUCAGCAGAGUCUGAGCGAACAUCUGAAGUCAUUACCUUGAAGUAGUGGAGGUACUUUGUUGUUCUGGUCGUUGUUUAUUUAAGAUCAAACUUAUCAUCAGGUCUAACCAAGCUUUCAGAGUGACUGUGCAUGAGGGUGUGAGUCACUCUUUGUUUCAAAUCUAUACUAACUCAUUCCAGCCUACGUCAGAUGUACUCGCAUACAUUUGGAUUCAAUAUUUGUGGUCCUCAAUGGAUGAAUCUCACUUUUGUGAUUCCCUAACUUCUUCUGUACCAUCACUAGGUGUACAUUAUAUUUGGUUUGUACGUCUUCACAACUAUCAGAUGAACAGUAGAGGAGUAGUUCACAUAUUUAUGGCUCCCUGAGGAUGAAUCCAACUUUCUUUUUUCUUUUUUUUUUUUAGAUUGAGAUUGUUUAUUUGAUCAAAUAUACAUACAGUAAAAUUUCAGACAGGAAAUUCCCUAUUUAUUUUGGAAAUCCAAAAGGAGUAGGUUUAAGCUAUUUAGCUCAUAUGUACCUACCCUCAUUCCUUCCUAUUAGUUUACCCUUUACAUGUCUUUAGAAUUUCUGAUGUCGCCAAAAAGUAACCAAAGCUUCAAAGUCUAACAUGUAUAUUUAACUUAUCAUUAAUACUAAAACAAAGACCUAAUAUAUACAUAGAUGCAUCCAUACCUAUAUACAUGUAUAUACACACAAAUAUACGCUUUAUAUAUAUACCUAGAACACUUCAAAUCGCUCAUGUUUACCAUACCCAUAUACAAUAUAAUAAGUGUGGCAAAACAAAAAUCACUUUUGUCACACUAACUAUUACUAUUAAACCAACCAUCACUACAAUGCAGAUGUUUUGGUUUUAAUAUUAUUGUUUCAUCAACACUGAGACAGCAGUGGCAGCUGAAGUCAUUUUAAAAUCUAGACAACCAGCCAGUCCACUCAGAUAAACAGACUUUAUCGACCUGUGCCUACCCUAGCUGGAGUGCUAGUGAGUCAGCAAACUCAGGUUAGACAGUCGGCUGAAGUUUUACUGUACUGACUUGAUCAUGAUCGUAUUUUGUUGUUGCAUAGUUGGGUCAUUUGAAAGUAUUUGGUUGGUUUGCUCUUGUUGCCCCUUGGAGACUGGAUACAAAAAAAAAACAGAUCCACUCACGACUGUGUUAAGCAUCAUUAUGUUGACCUUAGAUUCCCUUCUCAGUCUUGUUAUGUGAAAGCAGCUUCAGUUGCUGAAACUUUUUGUGCAUUGAUGUUGUUUGUUGAUGCUGCUAAAGCUGAAGAGCUGAAGAGAUGAGCUGGCCCCGGAGCACGAAUAAGCACCAGAUCUUUCUGAGUUUCUAAAUAUAACUGCGAUCCAAAACUGACAUCUGACUUCCAGCAGAAGUCUGUUUUGAUGGUCUGAGACUCUCUAUACUGACUUUUUUUUCAGGGAUUUUAAUCAACAGAGGAGAUAUCUUUUAUUGUGAAUGAAGGUUAAGCCCUUGUCUAAAAACCAACAGAACUCCACCCCUGAAGUGGAUUUUCAGAUUAAAGUGAGUAAAGCACUCAGAACUAAUAAUCAUUAACUCAUUGAUGACUUGACUGAUUGAUUUGAUUGUUUUCUGGAAAGUAUUGAUCCCAUGUUAUCCAGCUUUUCCUGGUAAAGUGAUUGAAAAUAGAUUAACAUGUGCAGUGACCUGUGGUCUAUGUCCCCAGACGGAUUUAUCACACAUGCUAGAAACCCACAUUCAGGAGCUCUUAAUAAAGAAAUUGGUUGGUCUGGGGUCUUCCUUGCAUGAUUGUAUUCGUUUUAAAUGAAGUGGACUUUGUUGCAGAUAUUUUCUUGUUUUGCAGGUAGGAAUCAAACUGAAAAACCAAAGCAUCUUCAAAGUCCUACUCCAAUGUUUUCAACUUAAAGUGUUCUCAGUGGUCUUUAAAUUGUGAUUAUGAAGUUGUUACCAAAAAUCACAUUACCUGUGUCAUUUUCAAGGGCUUUUCUUCUGCAGAGCUCCAGUAGAUCAUUAGCAAUUCCCUUCUGAGUCGUUGGGGGAGACAGCGCUGUUUUGCACACUCAUCUUCACAUUAGCUAUCAGCCUAACAUUGCAACAGAAGUGGCAGGUAACAUAGGAGCCAUUCAGCUCUCGGACACUAACGUCUUUAGGGACACGAUGAAAGUUAAUAUCAUAAUUAGCUUUCUUAUGAGCAUUGCAUACACACUUGGUCUGCGAUCGUCCUCUGUAUUUCUCUAUAUGCAGAGUGUGGCCUGCAUAGCGGGCCUCCAGGUCGGAGCUUGAAUUGGUUACGUAUGAAAUAUCACUGUUCUGCCUCUUGGGUCUGCCAGAGAUUCACAGUGAUUUGAAUGAAGAAAUACUCAGGAAAACAAUUUUGAAUUUAGUUUUCUCAUGAUAUGUCCUGUAGCAUCAGAAAAAUGUCAUAUAAACAUAUGAAAAACAAGAAAAACCUGAUUCUCAUCGGAGUGGGUCUUUACGAUGAAACCUGUGUCUGUCAUGGUAGAUUUGUUGAGUAAGAUCUAAAUGUGUCUAAUUCUGUUUAUGGGCAGAUCACUCCAGGCAGCAAAGCAGCGCAGGGGAACCUGAUCCAGGGUGAUGUCAUUCUUGCCAUCGACGGAGUCAGCACAGACGGGAUGACUCACCUGGAAGCGCAGAACAAGAUCAAGAUGGCCAACUACAACCUGGCACUUACCAUGACCAAGUAAGACUAAAAACUGAGCGUGUGUCAAAUAUCUUAUAUAAAUAUUUUUUAUAAUAUUUAUUUAUUUAUUUAUUUUUAUAUGACUGUGAGAGAAAAUCACUGCAACUAUUGUUUAACAAAAUAAGGAGGUUAGUUCUCAAUGCCUUUUGCAUUAAGGGAAUAUUGGACUGGUUGGCAACAAUCUGAUGUUGUCUGAUAAAACUACUAAAGCCUCUGAUUGAGGUUUUCUGCAAAACAAAGAGUUUAACACUGGAGAGCUAUUGAAUUUUGAAGUGGGUAGAUUUGUUGGUUUGUCGUACUGUUCUUGUUGUAAAGCUGAUAUAAGUACAAAGAAAUUCAGCUGAUAACAGGAUAACAGCGUUUUUGACCACUCCUGUCUUCUGUUUGCUAUGAUUACCUUCUGACUUGUUGUUCACUCUAACUGCCUCUGGGGAUGUAUACUGUGAGGCACGCAGAACUAAGUAGAAGGAAAUCAUUAAACACAAAGGCAAAUUAUGUCUGUUUUGUCUGUUAUGGCAUGUUUUCAAUUCCCAUCCGCUCUUACAACCGCCCCCUUAAGGGUUUACAUAAAGACUAAAGAUUAGUGGUCUGAAAAUCGAACCCUGAGGUUCCCCUCAUAAACAUGUAUUGAAACCUUUAAACCCCGUUUUCCAGAAACAUAAAAAGGAAAUCAGAUCCAGAUGAUCUGAUGUAGGCUGUCAAUUCUACUUGAUGAUCAACUGUAUAAUUAUAAGGGCUCACAUCAGAUCAGAAGAAUAUUUUUCACGUACAACAUUCAAAAUCCAGUGUCAGAUAUAGUCCACUUUCAAAUACCCCUCUAAAAAGUAAAGAAGAAUUGGGUAAAGAAAAGUAUAUAAUUGUGACACCUGUAUAUUUUUGACUGAAAGCAAACAAAACUCCUUUGAUUUAUACAAAUACAAGGUCAAUAAAACCUUUGGAUUUGGUAAAAAUGGAAGCUAAUAGAUGGGUCUGAAGGAUUCAAGAAACCUGUACUGCUUUUUUACAGGUUUCUUGAAUGUAUUUGGUAAUAAACGCCAGAGGAGGACAAAAAUUAGCAGCAGAUGUUGGCAUUGAGCUGUUUCAGGCUAGUCCGAUUAUUCUUCUCUUACCCUGAAGAGGUCUGACGGAGAAGAUCUGAUAAGUUCGGUUAGGAAAUUAUUGUUGGUCUACAGGGAGCUCCGUGCAGAGUCUCAUAACUACAAACCCUCUGGGUGAUGAAGAUAAGACUGAGGAGCCUCUGUCAGAUUGUUUUAUUCUCAUCACUUUUUCAUGUCACGCAUGUUGUUUUAGGGUCUAUGAGGGUACCGGUCCUGUGGAUGGACUUAUAUAGACAGACGUCAAUAAAAAAAAUUGAAGCUGUUAACCCUUCACACUGCUUUCUCUGAUAAAAUUGGCGGAGCAGAGAACACAGACAUACUCACAAUGCAGACAAUGUGAUGAAUGCUUCAUUUUUCAUUUCAGGGUCAUUGCUUUGUAUCCGUAUUUCUUUUAUGCAGCAAUAAUGUCCAGGAUAGAUAUGUGAGUGUAAGGACGCAGGAUUCAUUCCAGCAUGUCCUCCAAACUAAAUCACUAUCACUAAGUACAGUUUUGGAAUCGCCUGUAAGGAAUGGGCUGUUUUUGUUUUUUGAGGGCUUUUUUCUUAUUUGUCUUUAAACAUUUUUCAUUCAAAAAGAACAAAACAACACGUUUAUUCAGCUACCACUUUUCCAAAGUGUAAAACAUGAUGUUAGUAAAAAUGGUCAGUCCAAGUCUGUGAAAUGCAUUCAUUACAAACCAGAGCUGUGAUUUGAUCCAUUAGUUUUUGGACUUAAUUUUUAAGACUUGAAGUUGUCAACCAUUUUAUCCAACCCCUUUGUGCUUGACUUAGCAAUCCCCCUUGGUUCUAAAUUAGUCAGUGGAUCCUCUGUUUUUGUCAGAUUUAAGUUAACUGUGAUGAGUGGAAGGAUUUGAAGGUGAAUCAUAGCUGUGAGUCACAGCAACAGGCUGGUUUUGUCCUGACCUCUUGUUCACAUUUUCUUACCAUUACUGCUCCUUUGAUCACAUUCAUUCACUCAGUUUGCUCCAAGGUCGGUGUAUUAGAGUUUGCAGAGUUCAUGACAAGAACUGCCACAAUGUAAGAGUUUGAACUUCAAAAUGAUACAAGUAAAAAUCAAACUAUACCAACACCACAACAACAAAAAAUCCCUCUUGAGCACCCAAAUGGUAGGUUUUGUCAUUUUUGAUUUCCAACCUGCACACAGUGCAGACUAAAAAAAGUCUACUGAGGCCAACAUGUCACAUUGUUAUGAAUGAUUAAAGGUGAAAUAAAGAACAUUUAGCAUUGUUGUUGUAUCAGCUUUUUACUCUGAGUUAUCAGUCAUAAUCCAGAGAAGGUGUGUGGUGGCGAGUGUACUUGCAGAGAGUGGGCUCUCUGUCUGAAUGUUCUUAUUUUCUCUCAAAGGCAGCCAGUUUAUAGUGCUGUGAAGCUCCCAGUCUACAGUCUGCAGGUCAGGACUAACAGAAAACAGAGAGAGACCAGGUGAUACUGCUGUCUUUCCCCUCUGCUCUCUGUAUGUCUGAGACAGAUAAAGACAUAAAACGUCUGACUAAGAUGCUAAAAGACUCAAUAAAAAUGUCAGUAUUUGCAGACUUGUAAUAAGCAGAAUCAGUGGUGUAGUGACUUUGACAGAGGGCGUAGCGCACGCACACACACACACACACACACACACACACACACACACACACACACACACACGGCUGGCAGGGAGAUAAAGCAUGAAUCUGUCUGCAAGCAAUAGAGAUCAGGUGCAAUCCUGCGUGUUCCUGCAGAGGCGUAUCUAAGUUUCACCAAUAAUGGAGUAGAUAAGCAUUUGUGUGGGUUCAAAUUGAACUCAGUUUAAGCUUUGUUUCCUACUCGAUUGUGUCCUUUAGAUCAACUCUUCAUUUAAAAUGUCAAACCAGUUCUACAAACAUGUACAGGGUACAUUCAUGCUUUAAAUAAAGCAGCUUCAGCUUCUUUGUCGAAAUCAUUUUAGAGCAAAUUUGUUAAUUUUUUCAGGCAGAUUUAGUGUUUUAGCAAAAUCUGGGUUUUGAAGGCUGACAAUAAAAAUUAGGAAAUGAUAUCUGCAAAGGCUGCAGACAGCCUGGUCUGUUUCUUGAAAAUGAAACAGUCAGUUGCUAGCAUUUAAUACUAUUCCUGUUAUGAUACAGUAUGUUGGAUUAUGCAGAUUGAUCCUGAUAGGCAUAUUAAACUAGAAUGCAUAAAGACAAAAAACAACCGUGCAUUGAAAUCAUUAUAUAGCUGCCAUUUGCUGAACUGUUCUCUGACUAUUAGCUUUAACAAAUAAUUGAUAUUUUGAAGCAUGUUGCUUUAAAAAUUAUUGAAAGUAUUAAAAUUUUGACAACUUUGUUUAUAACAGCGAAAUAAAGUUUUGGACUCUUAUUCAAACAUUUUCUCCACUGGCUGUGAUUUAUCAAGUAGAGGGCAGUCAAUUUUUCCCUUGGCAGAGAACAGGUUUCUUUUUAUCAACAUGUUACACUUACAGCUCACGUUUUUUCUUGACCAUAAAGCUCACAGGAACACUUUCUUUAGUCAGAGCACUCUAACCUUUAACAUCCUCUUUCGCUUUUGUGUCUUCGAUUGAUUUUUCUUUUAUCGCUGCCUUUUCCAUAGGUGUUUUUUUUUCUUUUUUGAAGAAUAGUUGACACAGUUUCAGUUUGUUCUUUCACAGUCUCUUUAUGUUAGGAGUAUUUCCUACAUAAUGACACGUCAGUCAUUACAUGACUCUGCACUCUGGGAGAGUUUAAGAAAGAUUGUACUCUGGAGAUGUUUGUGAGAAAGCAUUUCCAGUAGAAAAAAAACAAACAUUUCUUAAAGAUUUAAGUUUCAUGACAUCAAAAACUAAAGGCUGGAGGUGAAAUGGAGUACAGAGUUCAUCACUUGUGACUCACUCCGUUAAGACAUUUCUUGUUGCUGUAUUGCCAAGUUCACCUCUGACUUGUGCUGGUUUUCUGCCAAGUUCUUAUUCACAUUAUUUUUAUUUAUGUAUUGAUGUUAUUUACUCAUUGUUUUAGAGGGAAUUUCUAUUAUCUUAGUGAACAUUUUCUUGGUCUCUUCUACCCAAACUUGGUCUACAGAAUUGUUUAACCCAUCCCUCCUUGCACCUCAGAGCUCAAGAAUAUCUAUAAUUACCCAAGACCAUAAAUGGAGACAUUGAGUCUAAAUUUAACAGAUUUUUUUCACAGUGGCACAGUUAUAAACAUGGAUUUUUGUUGAUAUUACUUUAACACCAUCGGUGUGUUCUCCCUGUAGGUCGAAACGUCCCAUUCCGAUGCAGGCACCAAGAAUGGACGCUGCUAUUCCCUUGAUCCCUCACCAACAGGUAACUCUACCCAUUAUGCAUUUCUGCUUAGGCGAUCUUUAAUAAGUCACAUCCCAGUUUAAGGACUUCAUCCUUUGAAAGGGGAUUUAUUUGAAGACUGGUUGUGUAAGGGCAGCCCUUUUUGAAUGCCAUACUUUCCUGGACCCUGAAGGUUGGAUUGACCCAGCUUAUCUGUGAUUCUUUAUGCCAGUUCAAACCAGAUAACAGACUCUCACAUUACCCAGUUAUAUAUUGUUAUAUGUUAUUAUUACCUGGUCUCAACUCAAUGAAAUAGCAAGCAAUACAAAUGUCAAUAAAGGCUGAUGCCUUAAAAUUGAAAUCAUCUUUAAUUCUACCGUGUUGUGAGCCAGUUAACCAAUUAACUCUUUGUUUCCAGGUGACAGGUAGCAGCAUGUGAUGCUAGUGUUACAGCAGUUUAAUUUCAGGUUAUUCUAAGAAGUCUGCACAGGCUAGAUCAUUUGAAGGAUUGUUUGUUGUACCUUUAUAUUUCCAUUAUAGUUGUAUAUUUACAGUGUACAGUGAAAGCAAACCACUAUGAAAGUUCACCACAUUUACAGGUUGCAAAAAGACUUCCUAACUGAUUAUGUUUUAAUAUCAAGAACAGUUUUACACCAUGUGGCUUAGUUGUCUGCGAAUUGUUUCAUUGUUUAUGUCUGUUUAAAUGGUGUCUGUAAAAAAAAAAAAAAAAACAGAAAAAAAAAUCUACACACACAUGCAAACACACACACAAACACACUUCCUUCUUCCUACAGCGCCACUCUUUAGUCAAUGCCUAAAAUGAUGAGUUGUCCCCCCCUGGUGACCACAAGUUGAAAAACAGAACAAAAAUAUUUUCAGGUUUACAAACUUUUAUGUUACUUUACUUGAAAGAAUGGAUUGUUCCACUGUAAGCUGACAUCUGGAAGCUUAGAGUACUAGAAACACUUUGCUUUGAAAAAUGUGCCAUCUUUUCAGAGUAAGCCAAUUGAUUUUUGACACUGAAAAAUAUAAUUACAGUUACAAAGUAAAACAAGAAUAAUAUAUCAUCACCAGAUAAGUUACUUUGCAGGAAAAAAACUAACAAAGAAAUCAUGUAUUUUUUAGAUAUUUCCCAAUUCCAAAAACAGAUAAGAUAAAUCAGCUUGUCUUCUUAUCUUAUUCUGAACAACUGUAACAAAAAGUUUAGAGAGACUAAACAGAGAUAUUGAUAAAGUAUAAUAUUUGGCAAAGCAUGUUUAUCAGAUACUCAUAGUUUCCACCCCAUACUGUCUAUCCCCCUCCAUCAUCCUGUGCUUCAUCUCUCUCUCUACUCUACCUGAAGCCUCAGUCAGUGCAGGUGAAUGGCCGCCUGUCAGCCUGCAGUCCCUCCUCCGGGCCUGCAGAGGCAGACUCUCCGGGCAGCAAAACAGCGGUCAGCCCUGCUAAAAAGAAGCAGUAUAACUCACCAAUAGGCCUGUACUCAGAGGAAACUCUGAGGGAGAUGGCAGCUGUUCAGGCCGGUCAGCCUGCGGGGUAUGUAGAUAAGACCCUUUAAUGACGAGGUGUAAACAUGGCAGGAGACUCCAAGUGGUUACCUAACAGAAGAGUCACUGCGCUGAAAGAGAAAAUAAAAGACAAACCAGAGCAGGAGGACAUUGUGAAGAGAGCUGCUGCCAUCAGCUGACAUGGUGUGAAGUAGAUUUGCUGAUCUGGUCCAUGCAACUCUGUUCACUUCCUGUCUUCUUGGCACUUGUUUCUUCAUUGGCUGGGUAAUGAAUCUAUUUGGAGUGAUGUCACUCUUUGGUCCUGCACUAAUUUUGUUUCUGGAAACCAGACGUAUUUCAUGAUUGGACAAGACAGCUGAUCUGGAGAAGAAAAGGGUUCAGCCAUUGCUUACUCGUUAGCUAACAAAGCUAGCUUGAUUUGCAACACCCAUCUCCUAGGAACAGUCACUGUUACAUCAAAUGGGAAACAAAAACAAGAAAGCUUUUACUGAAAUAAAACUCAUGAAAGAAGGAGCAAAAUCUGUCUUUGGCCUCAAAACUAAAACAUAGCUCCUGGCCUCCACAGCUCUUCCUUUAGACUCCUGCCAUGUUGACCCACAUAUCAGCAGAGUAGAUAUCCUGUAGAAGAUCUUAGACAACCACAUAUGAAACAAGGAUCAAUCAACAACCAUAAGAAGGAGAAAUAUGGGCCUUUCAGAACAUUCAGUGUCUACUAAAAUAUAAGAUUAAACCAGAUGGAUACAUUAACCCAUUAGAGACUGGGGACCCCAUCAGUUUUGAAAAGAGAAAACUAAUUAAUUAGCUGUUUGAAGAAUUUGAAAGUAGCAGAGAUAUGUGGUGCUAUUGAGUUGUCAUUGACAACGCUGGUAUUGAGAGUCCUCCCCCCAUCUUGAUUUUGAUUGGCUGUUAAGAGAACGUGACAAUGAGCUGCAGUGAAUUUCAAAUGAGAGUCCAGGGCCAAAAACACCUCUUAACAGGGGCCAGUUUACGCUUAAAGUGCUGAAGUGUAUUGGUACCAGGAUGGAAAAUAGACACUGCAUGAGUAAAAAAGACUAGUGGAUACAAGCCAUUAGGCCUUCUCUGUUGACAUAUAAACCAAUGGUACAUUACAUUUUGGAGCUUUUUGACGAGGAACUUUUUUGUCCCAGCUUCUUGAGUUCUUUUAUUUGGUAUAAUUUUGAAUGUGGUGCUUAUACUUCAGACAGAGUAUGUGGCACUGAAUCUCGACUUGUGAAUAAUUCUCCCUCUUGUGGGUUCUGGGUGGUGAUAACUGACUGUCAGCGAGGAGCCUGAGGGAGGAUCAAAUGUUCCCCUGGACCUGAAGGGAAAAGGGCAGUUAGUCCAAGGAAUAAAAAAUAUAUUACUGUCCUUAAGAUGCACUCACACACACACACACACACUCACACUCACACACACUCUGAAACAGAUCCUACUUCAAGCCUUGACUGUAUUGCAGUAUUACAGCAUCGCAGAGCUAUGAUGGGAGGAAGUAUCUGACUGUUACCAUAACUAUUCAUAAUCAUAGCGAAACACCCACACCCCCCCCCACACACACACACAAAGUGCACUCACACUGUUACCCAGAAUGCCUGUGGGGUUUCCUCAGUUCACAGUGUGAUUCGGUUACUGUGUCAGUGGAGAGGCCAAACACCUGUUGGUUACUCUGGCUGCUGUUAAAGGUCAGGGAACCUUCUGGACACACACACAUGCACCACACAAACAAACUCACACACAGAAACACACACUAGCUGCCCUUGUCUUACCUCUGAGCAUUAACGCUGCAGAGUUAGCAUUUUCCUAAACACAAAAAAACAUUAACGUCUCCUGGAUACACAAACUCAGAAGGUUUAAGUUACAGUCAUCUGUGUGAAUUAUGAGAAUACCUGUUUUAUUACUUUAUAUAAUGAUGUGAUAAUAUCUCUGCAGUUUGACACUUAGGGGAAAGUGCUUUUUAUUCAGACUGAUAUCACCUCCCAUCUGUGGUAUCACUAUAAGGGUACAUAUAAAGAGGGGUAAGCUUAGCAAGACAUUUAUAGUAGGAACAGGAAUUAGUGAGGCUGACUGACCAAAGGCAACAAAAUCUACCCAUGAGGACAUCCUGAAACGGAUGAUUAAUGGGUUACAUCUCAUCUAUUUAAACCUCACAGCUAAGAAAUAGUCUGACACAUCACUGUUGUUAACUUUAACUUUGAUUUAAGGUUAUAAGAUUUACAGUUUGUCUGACUCACACAGAGGUUUACUGGUUUUUAUUUUCACUUACUGUUAACUGCAAUUGUGGUGCAAGUUGGUAAGAGUUAUCAAGUGAAAGUAGAGUGUAUUUCACUGAGAGUUAAACAGAUUUAGUAUAAAAUAUGUCUAGAUCAUGACUGGAAGUUCACUGGAUUUACAGUUUUAAGGUGAUGCAACACCAAACUCACAAAUUCAGUAUGCAUGAUUCCAAUAAUCAGGGGAUUCCUAAAGCAUAGAUAUUAGACAACACUCACUAACACUGAAAUUCUGAAUAGUGAAAAUCAUUAUUAACUCAAUAAAUGCUCCAGAAUUUGUUUAGGGCUGAUGUAACCAUUUUUAUGUGAUUCUGAACCCACCAGUCGUUCAUUUUUGUAAGGUUGUUGUGACCAUAAUUUUCUUUUUCCUUAUUGCCAUCUUCAUAUUGUCUGAUCUAUAAAUAGUUUAUCUUUUCUGGAAGUCCAAUGCCAGAUUUUUUACCUGCAGUGUUUUGUAUUUAAGGACUCCCUUCAUGCACAGAGGUGACAGUUCAGCAGACUCUGGGAUAUUAGAGGAUAACUCAUCCCUGACCUCUGACCUUUAUCCCUCCUCUCUCUGUCUGUGGUUUCUGUUGUCCUUUCUUCCUUGCUGAGCUUCGAUAUUAAAAACUUGCAGUGAAAGUGUUCUCUAACAAUUUUGUCUCCUCUCUUCUCUUCUCUAUUUUCUGCGGGUCAAAUAAGGUUUUCAGCCCAGCUGCCCCCAAGUUAGUAUCCUCUCCCUCUGAAUGCAUCUUGGGUGUGUGCUUGGCCUUUUGUUUGGUCUAUUUAAGGCAUGGUUUGUGACUGUGGAUGUCAGAGUGUUCCCUGUUGGGAUAUAGUGCUGCUGUUGCCUUUUUAAUCAUCAAUGCAUCAUUGUCCAUUAAUAGACAACUGGGUAAAAUUACCCGUAAAUGAAACCGUGGUGGAAAUUGUUAGGUCCUUUGGUCAACAGCAGUAUUUCCACCUAGAAUUAUUUUUGCUCAUCUUCUGUUUCAAGCUGCUGAUCCAGAGCGGGAUGUUUGGAUGGAAAUGGAGGUGAAAUUUAGGGAUACAUGUCAGCAGAAAGAUAAACUGAUGUAUGGUGUUCCACCAAGGACAUAAGACAGAACCGAAGAUGUUGCUUUUCAGGGGUAACGAUAAGCUACAAUUAGAUUAUUAAGUCCAUCCAAGUUGAUGACGAUGGAUAGCUCAUCUGAGACGCCUCAUAAUGUCCCAACAGAGCAAUGUGUGCAAGAGCUUUUGGUUGGUCGUGUUAAAAAACAAGAAGAAAGAGUGAUGUUCUUGGAUACAGAAAGAGAGUUAAAAACUAUUGCUCUCCUCCAUCUGAAGGUGACUUUUCAUUUCAAACUAUGUUGCCAGACUUCAAGAACAGUUUCCUAAACUUGACUUAGAGCAUAUUAGAACAAUUGAUCAGAUCAUUUCUCUAAAGAUUAUUAGGGACUGACCAAAGUGACACUUUCCUGCUCAUUUUAACAGUUAUUUAAAUUCAGACUGACACGUCAAACUCAGAAAACGGCCAAAAUUGUCAAAAAACUGUUUAUUUAACAUGGCUACAUCUGAUCUUGAAUUAUCUAGAGUGUCAGUGAGUCCUGGAAAAAAGAACUAAGAUCAAUAUCUGGUUGAAAGAAAGUACAAAAGUUGUGGGAAAGAUGUGGGGAAGAGGAAUCAGUUGAUCUCAGAUUAUCCAUCAAACACUUAUUAUUAAGCGAAGUGUUUCCCUGAGAGUUUUUUUUUUUUUUAAAGACUUCAUAGAUUAGUUUAUUAGCUCUUUUAAAGAUAGAGUUCCUCAAAGAGUAACCUGGUAGUCCCUGCUGUUUUCAUCAAAAGUAUCCCUUUAUUUCCCCAGUUAUCAGAUUUGCAAAUCCAAUAAAUCCAUGCAGUAUGAGUAAGCCUUUGGAGGCACAAGAUUGACAAAGUCUUCUAAUAAAUGAGACACUCUCAGUCCAUUACUGCAAAAUAUGUCUUAGUGAUGUUUAAACCACCUUAUCCAACGACAUAAACACCAACAAAGUCGAUCUUUUCAUUAGAUUUUGUGUGUGCAGUGUGCUUUUACUGCAGAGUGGGAGUGCAUCUUGUUAGUUGGCUGUUUUACAGACUGAAAAGCUGUUACUCCUGUUGUUGUUGUCGUGGAGCUAAUCACUAUGAGGCUGAUGGCUUCUUCUGUUGUAAAUGAAGAGACAAAUGAGUCGCCAGCUAAGUCAGUAGCAGCGUCUUAAUAAGCUGUCAGAAAACCCAUCAGUGUUUUCUUCCUCUGUUGUUUGUGUUGGCUCUGCAUGAUCCUGCAUGAAACAUUCGUCUUAUUUAUGUGUAAUGUAAUAUAGAUGAUCCCAAGCUUUCUGGCUGUGUCGUAUCUGAUUGCAUGACAUCUCGACACAUUUCUCAUCUGAAAGUAAAGGUUACAGUUUGAUGUGUUUUUCUGUGGUCUGCAUGACGGCAUACUGGAGCAAAACAGAUCAAAUCAAACAGAUUGAAUUUCUAGGUCCCUGUGUGUCGUUCUUGUUAGUAGAGGUAUGAAAACCACAAAUCAUCACAAUUAAAGCGAUGGGUAGAUAGUGAGGGAAGUCAAAAUAAUAUAUAGUCUCUUGUUAGUGAAGAAAACUGUAGAAAAAGUUGGUCCAAAAACAGCUGGAUAGAAAGUGAAGCUGUUCAAAGUAAAACAAGAUAAGAUUUGGAGUACAAAAUACGUUGAGGUUUAUGAGGUGAAACGAGAACAGCUUUUUUUUGGAUAGGGUUGGAUAAGCUGUGCUGGACUGCUGUGUAAAUCUGCUGUAACCUGAGUCCAGAGAACAGAGAUUUAACAGCCUUACUGUGAUUCAGACACAUGUUCCCUAAAUGACAACUGCGUAGCGCGAAAGGAUUAAUUUGUUCUUUUUUGAGAGCCUGAACAUCGCAUAUCAAGAUUUUUUAAACAGAAUUAAUGGUCAGGAUCUGAGCCUAAAGCAAGCACGCACUGUCUUCCAGCAACUGUUCUCUGCGUUGAAUUUAAUUGGUUUUCUGUAUGAAUUGCACUUGCAAAAGCAAUCUCUUUAUUAUCUGAAACUAGAGUCUGCAGAAGCGAUCUGGGUGGGUUUUGGCACACAAAGAAUUCCUUGAUUGAAGAUUUAAACAAAAUUGGUUUCAAUCUAGAGUAAUAAUAUAUUAAAAAGCCUAUUUGAACCUCUUUAGGAGCCACAAUUGCUCUUUUGAAACAGAAUGAUCAGUCCUAUAUGCAGAGAAGGGAAACUAUUUAAAGGAACCUAUUUAAGGUACAGCUAUUAUGUUUUCAGUGGAUUGGAGAGCCAACAGGCUGAGCGGGACCUUGACACUGUGUCACUACAUUCAUUAAACAUCAUCUCACUUAUGCCUCAUGACAUAAAGUUGAUUUAAUUAGCCUUAAAGGGAUAUUUUGUACAGCUAAAAGAACAGUCCCCAAGAUUAUACACUUUGUAGGACUUCCAUAUUAUGUGGGAAAAUCUAAAUAGUAGCAUGUAUCUAGCUUUCUAAACCUACUAAACAACAGCAGCACCUGACUGAGGUCAUCUGCCACAUAAGUUCAAGACUCUGUUGAAUUUUCUUCAGCUGCUUCAAAACCUCAGAGCCCACACCAUGUUCCACCAUGUUUGCUCUGCGUCAGUCUCAUCAAUGUCCCUCUCAUUUCUUCACUGUUGGCCUCCUCUCUUCUUUUUGUCUUUGCUGCGGAUUGGUCAGCUUAAUUUAAAGUUCUCUGCUGUCCUAUUAGAUUAAAGCAGUCCUGAAAUAGCCCUAACCCUAACCCUCCUUUUUUAGCUCUUCACAGAAAGUUGUGUUUUUGCCAUAGUGUCAACAGGCAGAAUUGGAACGAGCCAGACUCCCUCCACAGAUGGAUUUGACUUGAUGUGAAGGAUGAGAUUUAACAUAAUUUGGUGAUAAAAAAGCUUUAGUUGUAACAUUAUCAAAGUAUGGCUUUGCUAAAGCAAACCAACCAACACAGAUGGAAAAAGUAGCCAGGGAACCAACUGAGCCUUAAUGUUUUAAUGGUUUGAUCUGGUUCCUUUUUCAGAUAAAUUUGCUAAUAACUGCUCUUUAUUAUUUAUUUUUUAUUUAACUUUUAUUUAACCAAGAAAAAAAAAACUCAUUAAGAUCAAAAAUCUCUUUUUUUCAAGUGUCCUGGCCAUAAGCAUUCAUGUGGAAUGGGUUGAGUUUGUGAGCUGUUAAAGGUCCUUACACACCAGCGAAUUUGUAGAGCGAAGCGAAAAAGCUAGACGAAAAUGCGAAAAUAUUCACCAGUCCGAAAAAUCGCUUUCGCUUUCGCUUAUACACAUUGGGUGACCACUCUGUGGUACACACUCUCUCCCAUCUCUCUCUUGGUGCCAGUGGUGGUGUGUGUCUCGUGUGAACUGCAGCCGCAUGGGUCUGUGACAUCAUCAACAACAUGAGUUUUGAUUGGCCAGAGGUCUAGCAGGUCCAGAUAUUCGCCUGCGAAUCUCCAAAAAAUUCGACACAAGAGCAAAAAAAUAAAAGACGCUUUUCGCCCCGCGGAAAAAUCGCCCCCGGUGUGGAAGCUUGCAUUGACUUUAUGCUGUUUUAAAAAAAGGCGAAUAAUUCGCCUGGCGAAUUCGCGCCUGGUGUGUAGGAACCUUAAGGGUUUUUCGUAGGCAACCAUGUUGAUUAACACAGAUGUGGAGUUUUCUGAAACUUCUAUCACUUUAGAUGAACUGAAACACUGUUCAGAAUAUUUAAAUUUGAGUGUCAAAAGUGUUAAAAAGUAAUUUAACUCACAAUAAACUUGGAUACACUAUGAUAAGCUCAAAACAGUAUGCGUUGGAUCGUGGGGCAAGCCACCUAGCCUGGUGACCUACUGAAUCAUCACUCCUUUUAUGUUUAGCCUUUUUAUAAGCCACUGAGAAAAUAAGAAUAAAUACAGAGAUGUUUAUUUGGUUUGUCAGUUGUGAACGGUUUUGAGACUCUUGGUAGAUGGAAAAGCCUUGUCAGUUUUAUUUUCACUGUCCUUCACAGUUCUCUCCUGCUGUUGGGCGUUUGAUGGUUGUUUUGAUUGGUCAAACUUUGGUUUUCUUCUUGCAUGAAAACAAGGCGUGAAGUCCUUGAGCAGCCUGUUGACUGCUGGCUUUGAUUUGAGUAGUCUUUGCCGUUUGCUGUGAGCAUGAGCUUUCCAGUUUCUGUUUCUUCUUUUCAACACUCAUCAACUCUACGACACAAUUUAUUGGCUCUCUUCCCUCACAAAUCUCCUCCUACUGUUUCCUUCGUCUGUCUGCUUCCUGUCAUCUUCUACCUCCUCUUCUUCCUCUUCUUUCUCUCCUACCUCUCUGUUGCCAUGUCUACCCACCUGCCAACAGUGCUGGCUUCCCCCCCGGUGCUCUGGACUCUGCCCUCUCCACCCAUAAGCCCAUUGAGGUGAAGGGCCCAGGAGGAAAGGCCACCAUUAUUCAUGCCCAGUACAACACACCCAUUAGUAUGUAUUCACAGGACGCCAUCAUGGACGCUAUUGCAGGACAGACGCAGGGCAAGGGGCAUGAUGUCGGGUAAGACCACCCAAACCACCUGUCUUUUCUCUGUCCUCUUUUCUUGUCUUCUCCUUUUUCACCUCUGCUCCUUUCUGAUUUUUCUCUUUUGUAAUACUCCUCUUUCUCACCAGUAAACAUUUUUUCCUUUUUCCUACACUCCCAUUUUUCCCUUUCUCCUCCUCUGAGUCAUCUCUAUGAUUUACAUUUAUUCCAACUUUUCUCAAAGAUAAAACAUUUAAAUAACACACUUUUACUAUGUCAAACAAAACCUCCACUUCGUCUUCACUCUUUAUGUCCCUCCACUUUCUUUCUCCUUUAUUUCUCCUCCUUCCUCAGCUCACUUUGGUGAUAUUAUAACAAUUAAUCCCAAAUAUUCUUUUAUCCUCAAGCCCCUCUUUCUUCUAAGAGCUGCCUGCCAGUGUUUGCUAUGAAGUUUGGGAGUUUGUCUGGGUGUUGUUUUUGAAGAUAAACUUUCUGAAGGUUAUAAAGACGUCAUGAAAACAUUGGUUGCACUAAUGUUUCUGCAGUGACUUUUGUUUGAGGAUUGAAGCUGUUAUUAGUUUGUUGUUUUUGAAGUUGUCGGUACCGCUGCAGGGUGUGUGUUCAUGUGAUGAGUGUUUGACAUGCUCCUGAUGUGAUGGAGACCGUACUGUUUCAGUUCUUGGUGGUUUCUGUGUGUCUCUCAUUAUUAUUAACCAGACAGUAUGAGUUUGAGUAUUGAGUAUUACUGCAUACAGAUUGUCUGUAUUGUCUGUAGUGUCACAGAUAAAGGAAAGGUUAUUCUAUGUUAUUCAUUUCAACUCCACAUCAUUUAAAUUCAGUGUAAGCGAUGAAAGUCUGAACUAAAAGAUGAAUACAGAUGUCCAAUUAAGUGCUGAUGCUUUAAACUGUUGCGCUGGUAAGUUAAAAAUAGAGGACUCAAAUGCAGGUUAUGAUCAGGGUUCCUACGCAAUUAUGGAAGUAAUUUAAACAAUUUCCAGCUCUUAAAAAGUAUGGUAAAUGAAAAAUCAAGUAUGGAAAAAAUAUUUAUGUUUCCAGACUUUUACCACAGUUAUAAAAUACUGCUUUCUAAAAUAGCAAAGUUGGUAUUUCCAAAAAUAAUUCUAAAAAGUAGUGUAUGGAAAAUUAUGGAAAUUCCAACUGUGUAGGGACCCUGUAUGAUGGAAAGUAGUCAAUAGCAUACCACCUUACAUAACAGCAAAUGCUGAUAGUGGAGUGGCACGUGGUGUGGCCAAUGGUAUGCCAGUCCCCAGAGAUUAGCCACCAGUUUGCCAACAGACAUUUUUUGUCUAUGAUUGCACUAUAAUAUUGUAAAUAAGGAGAUCUUAACAAAAUAAGAAGAAGUGCUUUACUCUUGUGAUGCCUAUUUGAUUAUGCUCAGAAUAAUCAAUGUACAUUCACAGCUGCGAAGAAUACAGAUGAUUUUCUUAGCAAUUAAAUGACAAAUAACAAAAUUUGUAGCUUGAGUUUUCGGCCACAGAGCAUAUGAAAGGAUGAAAGAACAGAGUUUCAAGAACAUAAGCACUACGAUAUAAAACCUAGAGAACAGAGUCCUCAUGUAGUAUCCUGAGCUUCAUUAGGUAUGUAAGGUUUAAUUGUGUCAGUUUAUGAAUAUAAACAGCAGCCUCUCUGAAGAGAUAGUUAAUCAAACUGCCCCCUCUAGUGUUUGGUCUUUCUUUUACAGCACCAUUAAAUUUAUUAGGGGGUUACCUGACCUGUGAUUCUUUUUUCUCAUCGUCUUUGCUGUAAUCAAACUCUCUCUCCUGAGAAACAGCAUCUUUAAUAUAAAUAUACACAAGGCAAACAGGAUUUACUGUCUUACACUUGAACAGAUCAAAUUGAACAGACACUAAACCUGAACGUUCUGGGCCCAUUUCUCCUCCUUCUUUGGAUUUGUUUCUGCUCAUAACAACAAAUAUUAUUUUAUUAACACCAGUUUACUGUAUUUCUCAUGUUUUGCUCUUUUGUGAACUUUUGCUGCCGUGUUUUUUAAAUCAGUGAUCUGCUAUCUAUCCUAUCUACUCUAACAGCAUCUCUGCUUGAAUGUCGCCUCCUCUGAACUCUCAGCGCUUCUUCUUUUCUUCAUUUUUAUGCCCUGUCAUGCAAAAUCAAAUGAAAACCUGCUCAAUACUGCUCCUGUUCAUUCUUUAUAUCACAUACGAUCUCUUUAUACAUCAGCCCUUUGUGCGAGUGCACUAUGGAAAAAUCAAACAUUUUAAUAACACACAUUUCAAAUAAAAAAGCAGCCAGUCUCAAACUUUAUCCUAAAGCACUUGGACCUACUGAAGCUCUGGCUUUCGUGUCUGGUGUUGACCUGGUCUGGUUUUGGGGGGGUUGGCGUCCUCUGUCUGUGGUUACAGUUCUUUCCCAGUUAGAGAUCCCCUCGCAUUCAGCGCCUCCCCAGUCUACCAGGCUGUCCAGACCGCAGACAAAGAGCUGGACCUGAAUGAGGAAAGCCGGCGCUGCUCCAACAUGCAGUCUAAGUCCUUCCGGGUCCUGGCCCACAUGACCGCCACUGAGAACUGUGAGUAUUGAUGAAUGAAUUGACAUGGAAGCUUUUAGGACAGAGAAGCCUUAUUCAGUUUUACUGUAGUUUUGGGGAGGUGGUGCCCCGCGGGAUAACACAGGCAGAAUAUUCUGACAGUCACUUUAUUGGCAGAGUUAAUAAUAAAUGGAGCCAUAAAUGAGUAAGUUCCUCUCCAGAAACAUUAGACUGUCUGAGAGCAUUUUAAAACAUGUCUGUUAGUGUGUGAAGGUGAAAUCCAACACUUAAUCUAAAAGCACACAUUUUUCUUUACUCAUGUUGGUCAUUACUCUUCUGCCUUAUUGAUAAGUCAGUGGUUUACAUUAAACAUGCUCACUGAUGUCUCCUCUGCUGUGUGUUUUUGUUUCUUAUAGCACCAGGGGAGGAGGAGGAGGAGGCGCUGAAGAGGAGCAGGUAGGCAGAGGAGCUUCAUUAGACAGCUGCUGACCCCCCCCAGCUCCUCACCUGUAUAUUCUGCUCCGCCCCUGAACACAUCACACAGCACUAUUACUGUAAGCUAACGUCACAGUGAAGUUAACCCGCUGUUCUUAGCCUGACUUCUUCCCCCUGCUAACAGGUAAACAAACACAUCCUGGUUUUCUUUGACACAAACAACACAAACACUCAUUAAUGUCUUUGACAACCUCUGCACUCUACUUUACAGCCACUUGUCAGCAUGAAGUUGAUAGUUGAUCUAAUUUUCAUCAUGUCCAUGCUCAACAUUAUCUUCGGCCUUAAAAGCGUUUUUUGUAGUGAAAAUGUUAUGCCUUUGCUGUGGUUGAACCUCUAUCACCUGGACACCAAUACACAACACGUGUGUCUUUACAAACUUCCCUUUCAAUGAGGGACUUGUUGUAUCUAUCAUGAAUGAGACUGGUUGGAUCAAAUGUUGGCGUUGCAGCCCUUUACCCUCAGUGUUAAGCCUCAUGAAAACGCCCAUACUGUCUAGACUCAUAGAAUUUGAGCAAACUGAAAAAGAAUCCUCCUUGCACUCCUGGUGUGAUUAAAAUGUUUGGCUUUUUUAGCAUCAGCCACUUUGUACUUUGAAGUGAAGCUAACCAGUUGAUUGACAGCUCUCCACUACCAUUCACACUCAUGCCCUGGCAGAUUAAAGCUAUGUUGGUAGGCAACAUGCUUAAAAUGCCACCCCAGCACAACAAGCUGCUGAGAGCAAAGCUGUGAUGCGGUACAGUCAGUUUGUGUUUUUUUCAAAUGCGUCUGACACACAGUUGAGAAGAGCUCAGACAGGGAAACUAUUGAAGCGAAGAAGCUACAAUUACUUCUUCACUUCUCACAUUCAAUCCAGAAUCAUUCCUCAGCCAACUAAAUCAUCAUCCAUUUUUUAUACUGUAUUGUUGAGAUGAUUGACAUAUUCGAGCGGCUGGUGGGCGUGGCAUCCAAACACUUGGCACUUAACACAGAGGAUCCCAGAGCAGAGAUUACUGCUCAUUAUUUCAACCUCAUUUCAAACUAUUUUUCUUUCAUUGAAAUUUAGCCGAGUGGUUCAUAACGCUAUGAAGCCCUGUGUUUUCAAACACAUACAUCAGCUGUUUGUAAUUUAUAUUAAACGUAUUAUAAGGACAAUAAAAGGUUAAAACAGAAAAAAGGAUUUCUCAAAGUAAAAAGCAUAAUGCAAGAGAAGAUUGUAGAAGACUCAAUAAUUGGUUUCAUAUUAGUUUUUCCAUUUUUCUUGAUUCUUAUCAAGAAGAUUCAAUAAAAUACUCAAUUCUGCUUUGAUUCAUGGGGAUGAAAAUGAUCACUCGUGUUAUUUUCCGAGCUUGUGGAAAUUAAAGGGCUGCUUUUACCAGCAGAGGGCGCAGAAGGACCAAUGAUUCACACUAAAUUUAUGGUUAAAUGGCAGUACACAAUUUGUAUGUGAUUUUGUGUGUGUCUUUAUGCGUUGGCAUCCAUCUAUACACUUAAACUUCAGAUAUAUUUUAGUUCUGUUGACGUUUUUUGUAUUAUUCUCUGUCCAUGAGACUUUCUGCAAAGGUCAAAGAAAAUCAAUAAGAAAAGAAUAGAAAAUGUUUCCUGCUAGCCAGCAGAUGUUUUUCAGAACAUUCCUGCAACUGGUCUAACUGUUAGUCUGUCCCACCUCUAAAAAAAACAUGAAAAUGGUAAGAGAUAUGUUAUCUGGCUAUGACCAUUUAAAUCUUUCAGACUUUAGACUUUUUUCUGCCUCAGGCUGGUCAUGAUAAAGAGAGCAGGUUCAGGGAUCUUUUGGAUGGGACAUCUCCACUUCUCACAUACACCUGUUCAGUAGGGUUGAGGUCAGAGCCAUGUGCCGACUGGCCAGAAUUCUCCACACAAAAUGGUCCAAUCAUGUCUCUUUUGACCUGGCUUUGUACACAGGGACACAGUCACGCACACACAGCAAAUAAUCUCCACACUGUUACCAAAAAAAGGAGGAAACUCCCUAUUGGCACAAAUGUUUUCAUAUCCUGUAGCUCUAAGAAGACUCUUUGCUGGAACAAAAGGACUAAUCCCAAACACUGAAAUCCAGCCCAAGUCAAUAUCCCUCCUCCAACAGACAUUACGGUCAGCAGCAGUGAGCUUGUUUGCAACUUCUGCCUGGGAGAAAUAAGAAAAGAGUUGCUCAUGCCAGCGUCACAUUUAUUGUCUCUGAGCUCUUUAUGAUACAUCCAAAACACAAAAUCUUAGAUUAAUGAGUUUACAAAAAUGUGCAUGACAGCAUGCACCUGUAAGCAGCAUGUUGCCCUGAAGAAAAUCAGCCAAAUCAGAGGGAUGUUCUCUGAUUAUCGGGACUCUAUAAAGUGAGACAUCGGUAGCACGUAAAAUGGGGAUGUUAGGACAAACUUGUAAAAACAAGUCAAAUAUGAGAUGGAAGUUGAACUUUAGGGGGGCACUCUUCUGACUGCAAUGGCCCAACCUGAGCACUAUCUACAUAGAGGGAAUAACUAUGUUUGUACACUCACACAUAGCGUUAAUUUACCAUUUCUGUCUGCUGAAUCCCUUAAACUUAAGCUGUAGUAUUAUUAAACAACAGAGCUUUACAAACAGUUAUCUGUAUGGAGUUUAAAAUUGUUUGGGACACAAAACAGAGUCUCAUAAAAUUAGAUGAAGUGCAAAAACGUAUAGUGGAAGUUGUGUUUAUCUUUCAGGAUAAUUGAAACACUGCUGUCUGAAAACAAGCAGUUGGUCAAGUCUUCUUACACCUCUUGUUGCUCUCUUGGGUUGUGUUUUUAUUUUUAGCUGCAGUUGCUCCCAAGUGUUCCUAAUAGAUGGUGUGAUAUGCAGAAAUUCAAGCCAUGCUAACUGAGUAUCACUCACUGUAUAUCACAGUAUGGAGGUCUGCUGCGUCUCUGAAGGGAGGAACAAACUCUUUAACCCUCCACUCCUCCUCCAUCCUGCCUGUCUGAUGGAUGGAGCUUUCUGUGCUCUGCGCACUUAUUUAAUCAUCCUUCCAUUACGCACAAUUGAUCCCUUCUGCCUCCCCGCCCUCCUCUUAAAGCUUGUCAGCCUGCAUACACCGAGCAAUGACUCAUCAUGAAUCAAUGGGAGCAGGGGUCAAGCUUUUAUCUGCCAGUAAAGAGACUGUGGGUUUUUCCUCAUCUGGUAUCAAACAGAAGAUACAAAAAAAUAAAUCACGUUAAAGGGCUUUUCUAUCUCAGAUUCAGUGGGAUGUAGACUGAUCGACCCCCAACCUGUGACCACACAGAUGAUUCAGAAAAUCUUCAAGUUCACCAUUUUCCACUGGUUUUUCUUUAUUCCGUAAUCCAAACCACAGUGAUUACAGGCCAUGUAUAAUCUGUUCUUUAGAUUUCCUUAUGGUUCGAUAAAGAACACUUGAAUUCAUGAAGGUUACCUUUAUUUGAGGAGUAUUUUUUGGUAACCUGGCAACCCGACUAUAAGCUGCCAGCAUGUGUUGCAUACGCUUUGGCAGACUGGCCCCCUCCCAGUAAGGUAGAUUUCCUUGUAGCUUGAUUGAGGUUGAGCUGGUCACAAUCAUUUAUCAAAUAUGGGGCAGGUUUACAGGCAAUUUAGUUCCCUUCAAGAUUGAUAUUAUUCAUGUUAUGUGUAAAUUCAUGUAAAUAUUGACCAAAACUUUACCAAAAUGUUGGACUCUAAACAUUUCAUUCAAAGCUUCUGUGUACUGUGAUAGACCAGAAUCCAGAUAAGUUGGGAUGUUACUAUCUAACUAACUUACUAUCUAGCCUAGCAACCUGCGGCUGGGAGGUCACACAUUUCGUGGCUUUAAGAAGUUUUUGUGUUGAGAUUGGCUGUAAAUCCAAGAACUGGGACUUGCUGUGCCUUGCUCACAUUAUCUAUCAGUGAUAUGACACUGCAUUUACCUAAUGGGGAGGAAUGGGGACAAAGUAACUCAUAGUUGCUUUCCCCAGGAUAUCUUUUGUUAGCAAAAGCAGCUGAACAAUCAACACAUAAUGUGACAUUUGUUCAUACAAAUUUGUUGGAACCAUGUCUUCACUUUUGGACAGUUCUGUCGUUGACUGAUUUGAUUUAAAAAAAAAAACAUGUGUUUAUAUGUAAGCUGUGUACCAAUUCAGAGUCUGCACUCUAUAAAGGACACAUUUCAAGACCAAUUUUGUACCGAUGCUGUGUAAAAGACCGUCCUCUUUUGUACAUCACUUCAAAUGGAAAGGAAGACUCUUAAAGUGAUCCACUGUUGAGUAUUAGUAUUUGUGUUUAACUCAGUGGAGAAGCUAUCAAUACAGAUAUUUGAAAAAGAAAGAAAAAAAGUAACAUUGCUAGUAAUUUUCUUGAAAUUUAUGGGCUAACACUUCUUUUGUCGGCAGGAUAGCUACCUGUUGCUAUGCGACAGGAGCAUCAACUUGUGAUGCAAGGAAGCUACCUCUGAAAAAGAACAUAGCUAUUUACUGCUCUUUUCUGCCUUUACUGCUGUAGAUGACAUGACCGCCAGCUUUCUGAGUCCAACUCCAAAUUCAGGGGCUGGUCAAGUUGAAUUUUUUAUUCUCUGCAGAGAUUGAAACUUUGAUUUUAGAACUUAACUGGAACACAAUCCAAUUUCAGUUUAAGGUCUAUUUAAGGUUUCAGUUUCUAAAUGUGAAGAUUCUCCUAGUCAAAAAAGAAGCAAGGAAUCUGCUUUUCCUUUUUUCAUUUUUUCUCCCCUUCACUUUAAACCCACAUUUGAACAUAAACUCAGCACAAAACUAAAUUCUCACAUCACUUGAGCAAUAUUGAGCAGUUUGGUUUAUGCAUGAGUGAAAUAACAAGCUUGUUGAUCAUUUCUCUCUUGACUAAUUUCAUCUGCAUAUUAUCAGAACAUGAACAUUUAUGUAUAUACUGUAUGUGACCAUGCGGAUUGGUAAGUGCUGCAUGUGCACAGAAAUAAAUGUAUAUACUGAAGAUUUUGAGAUUCCAGCUCCCGUUGGCUCCGCCUCUCUCUCACUGCAGCUUCUAACCCCUUACUAUGCUUUAGCCCUGUUGGGCUUGCUCCAGCAGACCCAAUCCCCUCUGCUCCGCCUGCUACCAUCAUGCAGCCUGUGGACCCUGCCCCAGCUGUAUCUGAACCCGAUCCUCUCAGGUACCCAAUCUGCCCCAGGCACUUAAAUCUAUUCACAGCUAGCUGGAAAGCUGCAGCUUCCUAACUCAGUGUUUUUUCUAAUGUGGAGUUUGACUUACUCUGAAUUUGUUCUGACUAACUUUAUCAUUCCUAUUACAAAGUUUCUCUUCACAGAAACCAAGAUUUCUCUACUGACCUUUGUCUGCCACCAUCUUGUCAUUUAUGUGUGUGUGUGUGUGUUUUUAUUUGGUUCUCAUCUAGAUUAGGUAUUGCUGUCUGGUACAUGUUUUGUUCAUGUCAUGUUUGACCAGUUAUCAUUGUCAGAGGGUCAACUCUAACUGUGUUGAAUGUUACUGGGUUUCUUUUUGGCUCUUUGGAGCUGAAGAUGGAUUGCGCUGGGAGAAACUGGGUUUGAGAUGUUAGACCUCUUCUUUGGUCAGUUUUGUGCAGAAAAAAGUGACACAUCUUGCAGACAGAGGGACAUGAUCCUGCCCUAUGAAAUCAGAAACAUCUACUCUCGCUUUUUAAGUCUACCAGCAGUGUUUGCAGGCUGAAUAUUAAAGAUUUACUGGUGUAUUUUUUAAAAAGAUGCUGAAAAAAGGAAUUGAUGAAAGACGGACUGAUCCAAAAGUCUACGUCAUCAUGCACUCUGAAAAACAUGUGAAUGUACAAAACGGUACUAUCCCGGGUGACCUUCUAGACCCUAAGUUACACAUGACUGUUGUUGUCUCUACGCCUGCAGCCUGAAGCGAUUCUCUACUGCUAGUCAAGGCAUCCAGCACAAAGCUGCAGUCUCCAGGUACCCACACCAGCAGGAAUCCAGAGCUCAAGUCCACCUGCUGCUUCAAGCUUCCUCCUCAUCUUUGCAUAACAAUCCAUUAAAUAAAGGCUUCUUUAUCAUAAAAGUCUUUGCAGUAUCAACUCUGAAAUUAAGGCAUCAGUAUGCUUCAAAAGUUCCCAGGUAAACUCAAGACAGAUUAAACUUUACUCCAGACUUUGUUUGUCUGAAACAACACAUUGUGGACUCUUUUGGACCAUACUGACGCCUCUAUGGUAUAUUUGUUGACUCUUCAGGGACCUGGACCUCUAACUCUUGUGUUGUUGUCUGGCUCAGCUCAGGACCAUGUAACUGUUUUGUAACAAGACAUAACCACUUCACCCAUCCACAGGCUGAACCUCCUCUAACAGGCUCUGAAGGAUCGACUCUGGCUUUUUAAUGUUCGGAUUUUUUAUUUCUGUUUUGUCUUCACAUUCCUUACAGGCUGGUUUUCACUUGUCAGCUUUCUUCACUAAAAUUUUUUAAUAACCAUAAGUUUGUUUUUAUUUUGCAUUUCUUUGUUGUUGUUUUGUGCCUCUUUGGUUUUGUCUAGUGUCUCAGUAGUUUUAUGUUUCUCUGAUGUUGUCUUGUGUGUCUUGGUUGUUUAAAGCUCCUGUGUGGAACUUUCAGUUUGUGUCAGUUUUGGCGCCCCCCUGUGGACAAAGCAGUCUUUGCUUAUUGUGUCUUUUGACAGUCAAAUGUAUCAUUUUUGAAAAACAUUGAAUAAAAUCAGGGCUGUUUCUCCUGCCGCUCCACUGACACCUACCCCUAUACACCACUGCCAGACAUUAAGAAUAAAAGUAUGGAUAUUGUCAGUCUUGUCACUGACAGUCUCUUUUGCUUCUGUUUCCUGUGAAAACACGUCAGUAUAAAUUUCUAUUUCAUAAAUAUGAAAAAACUCACAGGAGCUUUAAGUUCAUAAUUUUUGUUGUUGUCUCUUUGUGUGUCUCUGUAGUUGUUAUGCACUUUUCUGUUCUGACAGUUAUGUAUCUCAAGUGUUGUGCGAGUGUUUUAUGGCAGUUUGAAUUUUUUUUUGUAUUUUGUUUGUUUGUUAUAGGAUUCAUUUUCCAACAUGAAAAAAUAUCACCUAUCAGAGACAGGCUCAGAAAAGCUUGGCCAGUGCCUCCACUAAUGUUACAUAUUCAGAGCUGUGAAACAUAUGUCAUAUUCAGACCUCAGUGAGUUUCACAGGUGGUUAGUUCUUCAUGGAGCUGAAGAAUAAAUAUGUUUAUUCUCUUUCUAGCAUGUAUGGUCAGCCUCCUGCCAUGCAUCAGCCUCCAUAUGUUCCACCUCCACAACAAUACCAGCCAAUGCCACAGCAGUACCAGCAGCCCAUGAUGCAACAGACCCCUCUUACUCAACAGAGCUCCAUUCAGAUUCCUCUAGGCGCCGCCCCUCCCAAGGUAGUCAGCACUGCCUGCAUCUACCCUUCCCAGCCAGGUGAGGACAUCUGCUACCAGAUAUACAGACUUCAUGUAAACACACAAAUACUGUUCAGAAGUGAUGUCUCUGCUCUGGUUGCUGCAAGUUUGACAUGAUUUAUAUUUGCCUCCCCCAGCUCCUGCCCCUGCUCCAGCUCCAGCUCCUGUUCCACCUCAGCCCCGUCCCCCAGCCGCUGCCCCACCCCAAGCUCCGCCUGCUGCCGCCUCCGCCAACAGACCCCCCUGGGUGGCUGACACCAACUUCGCAAAUAAGUUUGACCCCAGCAAGAUGACCACCACCACCAUGAAGGUGCAGCCGCUGCCUCAGGCCGCUCCUCCCCCACCGGCUUAUAUCCCAAACCCCUCCCCUGCAGUUCCUAGUCCUGCCCCCAUCACACCAAGCCCUGCCCCCUUCACUCCUGUGGCAAGGGGUGUGGCUCAAAGGGCGGAGAGGUUUGCUGCCAGCAGCCGUACACCUCUGUGUGGGGCCUGUAACAGCGUCAUCAGGUGAUUACAUCUACUUCUUUCUGCAGCUAUGGAGUGGUAUACUAAAUAUGACACCGUCAAGUAUUCAUUUUCACAGCAGCUCUCUGGCUCUAUAUGUAUUUCCUCUGCUGCUUUUCUUCCAACCAAUGUUUCAUGCUCUUACAUCUAAUUUGGAGUUGAACCUUUGGAGUUACGUUAUGAUGGUUAUGAUCAUAAUAUAAUAUACUGGAUACUUUUAGGGGAAAAAAUGAAGCUAAAAAUGAAUGAAUUUUGUUUGAGUUUCUUUUGAUACGGUUCUGAGACCAACUUCUUAAGCAAGGUUUUGAUGAGAACAGCUUCAGGUGGUUUCAGAAUAACCUCUCAAACAGGAUUCAGUGUGUCAAAGUUGGUGAUGCUCUGUCUUUUUUUCUCAGCAUUUCAAAAGGGAGUACCUCAAGGCUCAGGUCUUGGACCUAUAUUGUUUACAAUUUAUAUAAAUGAUAUUACAAAUUCAUUGAGCAAUUACCUAAUACAUAUUUAUGCUGAUGACACUGUCCUUUACACUUUUGCCAAUUCAACCCAUGAUGUCACCUCCCUAAUUUCAAAUGACAAAUCAGUAAUAUUCCCUUUAUGUAUUCAGAGUCCAUUGGUCCAGUGUUCACUAACCCAAAAUUUAAAUUGGUGCCUUCAACAUAUAAAUUUCUGGUGUUUACCACACGUUAUCACAAAUCCCACGGAGUCUAACAUCCAUCUGUUACAGAGUCCAGAGUCCCCUUGGUGCCAGCUAUAAAUUCAUCGGAGCCCACAGAUUCAUGAUAUGUGCCUGCUGGUUUGCAAUCCUUUGGCAUGAUUCUGUAAACUAUGAACACACAUACUGUAAGAAAUACUUGAUGAUAUGCAUACGAAGAAGUCUGGCUAAUAAAAAAGUCUGUUUUGGUGUAGUAUGCACAACAAAUACACCAUUAGGGGAAGUUAUAGUAAGUCUAAAGCAAACACAGUGUUGGAUUACAUCCUGAUAAAUUAUAACUUGUUCUCAUGAACCUGAAGUGUCUCUGGGUGAACCAUUGAACUCUAAACUGCUCCUGAUGACAUCUUCAGUGAUGUUUGGAUGUGUAUGAGUGUGUGGGACUGUUUAAUACUGAUGGUCUCUUACAAUAGUAUCCUCUGCUGUUAGUGUGUGUAAAUUGAUUAAUCUGUAAAUGAGUCAUCUAUAGGUGCCCUGAGUGGUCAGAAAUACCAGAAGAGUGCUAUGCAAGUUAAAGUCUAUUUGUUUUUUUUUUGUUUUUUUGCAAGGGGUCCUUUCCUGGUGGCUCUUGGUCGGUCCUGGCACCCAGAGGAGUUUAACUGUCACUAUUGCCAUAUGUCUCUGGCUGAUGUCAGCUUUGUGGAGGAGCAAAACAGCGUGUAUUGUGAGAACUGCUAUGAGGAGUUCUUUGCUCCAACCUGUGCUCGCUGCAACACUAAGAUCAUGGGGGUGAGCUUCUCUAAAUAUUGACAUUGAUUCUUCACCUGUAUACAUGUGUAAAAAAAAAGAUCUGUUUGGAUCGCUGUGUAAAGUCUCCAGCUUGUAAGUGGUCACCAUUCUCCUAAACAAAUAUAUGUGUUAAUCAGAGUGAGGGCUACUGAUCUACAGCUCAGUUAUAAGAUUAAAAAAAAAGAUUUGUUUAAUUACUUAUUUUUUUACAGUGUAAAAAUCUUCAAUUUAAGUCACCUACCUGUGUAUUGAAGUAACUCCCUUAGCAUAAUUUCUUAAAACAAAAGAAAGAGAAAAAAUGAAAAGAAAGAAAAAUGGUACAAAUGCUGACUUUGAUUCAAGAAAAUUUAGAUAAGUGAAGUCUACAGUAGAAGAAAUUGUGUAAAUUUUUCUCAACAAUGAUAGAAAGCUAUCUGCAAUACACAAGUGAUAAAAACAGGAGACAAAUUGGAAUGUAUUAUCAAAUUUGUCAAAAAUUGCGAGAAGUUUCUAAAAGACUUGACAUCUCUGACAUUUUACAGGAAGUGAUGCACGCUCUGCGGCAGACAUGGCACACCACCUGCUUUGUGUGCGCAGCCUGUGGAAAAGCCUUUGGAAACAGCCUCUUCCACAUGGAGGAUGGAGAGCCGUACUGUGAGAAAGGUAUGACUGUGUCCGCGCUGUCUUUGUUUUUUUCAGGUAUCCUUGGCUACAAACUGCAUGUCCAAAAUAUAUCACUCACUGCCCCUGUCUUUGUCAGAUUAUAUCGCACUCUUCAGCACCAAGUGUCAUGGAUGUGACUUUCCUGUGGAAGCUGGCGAUAAGUUCAUUGAAGCUUUGGGUCACACCUGGCAUGACACCUGCUUCGUCUGUGCGGUAAGAAAAAGAAACAGGAAGUUUGUUGAAGAGUCGGUUCAGCCUCUUCACAAUUUUUUUUUUUUAAAUCAUCCUAGUUUUUAUUUUGUUUACUCUCUCAAGAAAUACACAUAUCUAAAAAAAUGUCUUUUUCAGCAUUAUGGAAACUUGAGAAAUUCAUUAAGUACACAUGGAAGAGAAAGACACUUUUGUAGCCCUUUAAUGCCUGACACCUCAAAUUAUGGCCAAAAAACUAAAAAAAAUUUGGAGCUGAAAUGUUUAUUUCAGUUGCCAAUGAAAACCAAAAAAUCAAAAUGUCCUUAAAAUUUAACAAAUAUAUUUAUUUAUCUUGUUUGAUACAUUAGAUGUUUUUGGAAGCUAAUGAACUAAAGGAGGACAUUUUUAUCAUUUAUCGGACUAUAUUCAGAUUUUUUUUAAUAAUUUGUUGAUCAUAUUGAUUUGAUAGAAGCAUAUAAAAGUAUGUACCAAAUAUGAUAAAAAAGGUAUUAAAGGGUUAAUGCGGUGAAAAAGUCAGGUUUAGGCAUCAAAACUUCUUGGUUCGGUUUAGUAAAAAGUGUGUGGUUUAGAUGGAAAUAAUUAUUUAGGUUAAUGAAAAUAAGCAUACUAUCUAGCAUUUAUGUUAUCUCAGAUGUAUAGAAGUUAAAACCAACUACAGCAGCAGAUUUCCAUUAAUCACCAUGAUUCAUUGUCACCACAGGUUUGUCAUGUGAACCUGGAGGGCCAGCCUUUCUACUCAAAGAAAGACAAACCUCUGUGCAAGAAGCACGCUCACGCCAUCAAUGUGUAGAUCAACAAGCUGCACAUCUACAGGUCUGACCUUCUACGGCAGCAAAAGUGCCGCCUACUCCGAUGAAUGCGAGCCGACAGCAUCAACUUUUACAGGCGUGUGUUAAAACGCUAUUAUGCAAAAUACACUUUGGUUUGAGACAUAUUUAUUUGUGCAUUAACAUUAAUAAUUCAACAACGCUCCCUGAAUAUCAAAGCGUCUACAAAGACAUGUUGUCUGUCCAUCCAACCCACUUUUUGAUGUACUGUAGUGUUUUUUUUCCUUAUGUUUUUUACCUGAAACAACAAUGUGUUUGAUAUGACUGAGGUGCUGUUUGGUGAAGAAACAGGCAGUUCAUUGAAGUCAGGAGUUUGCCAAACAAUAAGAAUAACAAGUAGUUUUGACUUUCCCCCAUUUACUAGAGGUCUUCAUGGACAUUAAAACUGUCAAAAACAAACAGAGGUACUGCAGACUUAAAUGAUCACUUGCUGCUUUGUGUCUAAGUGGAUGAAUAAUUUCUAAAGGUCUCUUUUCUGCGCCCGUUAAACAGC